UUCGAGUUAGCCUUAAAGUAUCUCAGCGCCGAACUUUUAAAGGAGGAUUUACCCGGAAAAGAUCGAAGUUUAACGGUCUUCAUUCUCAGUUUGUGUUAUCUCGCUCAGCCGUGUUUAUCUAGAGGUGAAUCAAAGUCAGAUCAAUGUCUCCGCCUCGCUAUCGUGUAUUCGCCGCACACCUCAGCGCAGACAUGAUGGAUGACAUGGGAGUACUGUCAAAUGUUCUUCCUCGAGGGACCGACAAUUAUUUCUGCUCACAAGCAAGCCACACACACAAACUACACACAAACUACACACUGCCCUUCACUGCUUUUUUUUUUUCUCUCAUGGUAAAGCGUCUCUGGAUCCGUGCCCGGCUGCAUGUUUUGAGACUGUUAAAGAUCGUGACAUGCUGGAAUACCCCUCAAAGGUUCAUGGUGUGAUUACAUGAAUGUCUGUGAGGAUCUUGUUUUAGCAGCGAGAUAUUCAGAUCCAGACUGAACCCUGUUACACACUCACACCACUUCAACACUAAAGGGUCUGAUUGAAGAGGGAUUAAGUCGUCCCAGAGCAAUAAUUAAAAAAUCCAUCCAUCCGUCCCCAGAUGAGACUUUUACCCCCUUAGCCGCCAUCAAACAAACAUCAACAAUCAGAUCACAUAUCUAUACUUCUAUCAACCAAUUUAAUUAUUUAUCCAUCAAUUUAUCCGUCUGUCAUCUAUGCUGUGAAAUCUAUCUAUCUAUCUAUAUAUCUAUCUAUCUAUCUAUCUAUCUAUCUAUCUAUCUAUCUAUCUAUCUAUCUAUCUAUAUAUCUUAGUUCAUCUAUGUAUUCAUUUAUCCAUCCAUCCUUCCUUGUGCUCUUUCUUCAUCCAUCCAUCAAUUGAUCGAUCGAUCCAUCCAGCUCUGUCUUCAUCCAUCCAUCCAUCCAUCUAGGUACUCUUUCUUCAUUCAUCCAUCCAUCCAUCCAUCAAUUGAUCGAUCCAUCCAUCCAUCCAUUUAGGUACUCUUUCUCCAUCCAUCCAUCCAUCCCUUCAUUUGUUGAACAAUCCAUCCAUCCAUCCAUCUAUCCAUCCAUCUAUCCAUUGGACAACAUAUUCUCUUUUAUCCAUCCAUCCAUCCAUCCAUCCAUCCAUCCAUCUAUCCAUCCAUCCAUCCAUCCAUCCAUCAAUUGAUCGAUACAUCCAUCCAUCUAGGUAUUCUUUCUUUAUCCAUCAUCCAUCCAUCCAUCCUUGCAUUGGUCCAAGUACUCUUUCUUCAUCCAUCUAUUCAUCCAUCAAACAAUCAUCCAUCCAUCCAUCCAUCCAUCCAUCCAUCCAUCCAUCCAUCCAUCCAUCUAUGUUUUCUCUAUCCAUCCAUCCAUCCAUCCAUCCAUCCAUCCAUCCAUCCAUCCAUCCAUCCAUCUAGGUACUCUGUAUCUAUCCAUCCAUCCAUCCAUCCAUCCAUCCAUCCAUCUAUCCUUUCAUCCAUCCAUCCAUCCCAAUCAUACCCCGGUGUUGUUUUGUGCCUGUUUCGUUUUCUGUAUCAUCUCUGGUCUUAUAAAAACCUUCUCCAUCAGUGUUGUCAAAUAUGUACGAUGAAGAUGAAGCAGAUGGUCUUCAGUUUUCUUGGAUCACUGGAUGGUGAAAAUAGCCCUCCGGGAAGGAAAAAGGCUUUUUUUAAUUGAUCAAUUUGCUGACAGAUAAAGCAGCAGGGAAGGCCUGGAGCUUCUAUUUUUGCCUCCUGGGCCAGCGGCUGGUUCGAUGGACUGUCAGAUGGCGUGUGAAUGGUGCUUUGAGACGGCGUGGAGAGCUGAGAGUGCACUCAUCGCGGCACCCUUCAACACAAAGAGACAGCUCUCAUGCGGGGAUGCCGGGUGUUGUUAUUGUGCUUGGAGCCUCCCUGACCUUGAAAUCGACGCGCUGAGCUGAUUGCUCACACAAAGUGAUGAAACCUGACUCACUCUGUCAUUCAGCCUCUGACAAGGUGUACAUGGUACCUGAGUAUUUAUGCUGAAUAAAGCUUUGAUAGGCAGACGUAAAUCACAGGAUUGAUUAGUGGAGGCAGUAAAACCUGAAUGCUUACUUUGUGGACCAUCAUAGUGGAAACGUUCCCCCCCGGUGACUGUAAAUAUAAGAAAUACCUCGCAGGAAACACAAAGCAGCCACUUGAGAGAGGCCAUCUUGUUAAUGAAGACGAUCCUGGAGCGUUAAAUCAUCCAGUCAAGUCAUGCGGCUGCAGUGAAGUGAUGUGAUGCUUGAAAAGAGUGUGUGUGUGUUAAUGUGUUUAUACGUGAGUUUCAAAGGGUUGUGAGGUGGUGGUGGGGAGGGUGGAGUCUUCUCGUUGCCACGGAAACAGCCUCAGUUAUGUAACAUCAUAUGGUGCGUGUAAACAAAGCACCCAGCAGUGUGUAAAAAUCUCGCCUCGGAAACAGACAUUUUAAAAGCCUUUAAAAAUAAAACUCCGUAACGACAUGUUAGAUUGAUUCAAUCAAAAACAGCCUAUAUUGAUGAUUUAUUUAUGGAUACGAAUCACUCUGACAACAGGAGACAUUACAGCCUCAUAACUCACCUUUACAGCCGUGAAUGCUACCUCUAAUUGAAGCUCCUGAGUUAUAGUUUGUUGUUAGGGAGGCAGGCAACUGUUUGCGCUCUGCUUCCUGAUCCUGUUAUGGUGUUUAAAUGGAAAUCUGCUCCCUGUGAUAUGUGUAUAAGGCCCAGCUUAUCUCCACAGGACACCUUGGGUGCCAGAUCCAUUGUCCUGUAUUUAUAUAGGGUGUUCAUGGUCAGUUCCUCGCUUAUUUGGAGAAAUAGGAAGUGUACGGAGAGAAAAAAGCAAAGGGAUGAAAGGACACCACCCUAUAAACACUUCAGCGACAUCAAUCUCCAUCCUCAACCCUCCACUGUGAGCCAAGAGAAAUAGGACACUCCACCAAUCCCUUAUGAAUACUGUCUUUCUUUGCAAGGUCGUGUUGAGUAAAUAUCUAUUUUUGAUACAAAGAGGGUUCAAAGAUAGAAAAACAGCAGCAGAACCCCCCCAUGAACAUCGGUUUGUGAAGGACACACAGAGCAGAGACGUCCCCUCACAUGAGAAGAGGUCAUUGUUCAGGAGGACAGUGCUGCCGGGCAGCUGUGCUUAUUUUCUCUAACUACCCCAGGUUAUUAAUAGCCUCUUUACCAUUCACCAACACCGCUGAGGGGGCAGUGAGGAAAUCCCCGUCUUCAAUAUGAGUGUGAUUACACCGCUACGCCAACUGAAAUCAAAGCGACAUGGAAACACUAAGAAAUCCAGACAGAGGUUGUCUGAGCUUUGACUGCAGGACUUUUAGGCCUGAAACACUUAACAUACUUAAUCAUCUCAUUUUAGACAGAUGAUUGACAUCUCUCUGUACUGAGUAAUGAAGACACCAACUCAACAGGGCUCCUCCUUAACGGUGGGGUAGGCAGGAUCAGAGGAAGUGCUAGUUUUCGGGAGACAUCUUGAAUGUAAACUCUACCCCUCCCAACCAGUUUUCCCCUCAGCUCCUCCUCUCCCCUCCCUCUCUGCUUCAGCAAGCCCCGCCCACAAAUAGACACACCUGCUCGCUCAAAUCGUUUCAAUUAAAUUCAGAUAUAACACAGAUCAAUACUUCAGAUAGUUACAAAUGGGGCCCAGUCAACGACUCAAUAAAAAGCAUUGGUGCUACUGUAGACGCCAACAGACUACCAGCAAACACAAUGUUUGCAGGACUUCUACAACUAGGAUAAAGUGACAUAGUCCAGGACCCGGGGUCAACAGUUUAGCAGAGCUUCAACACGCAGCAGGUCCCGUUUGACAAGAAACACUUCUGCUCAACAAUCAAUAUUAUUGGCAGAAAUAGAGGGCCCCAAAAUCAAAUUCUGUGUAGGGCCGCAUUGAGGCAAAUAUCAGCACAAGGUAGUCAUAGAGAUGUCACAUUAUCAAAAACAGCACAAUGAGUCAAACUUGGAGAGGAGCAACAUACAACUUCAUAAACUUAACUAAUACAUGUAAUUUACUUCUAUAUAUGUAAUAUUUUUUAUCUGCUUUUGCAUUUUGCAUGUCGGCUUGUCUAAUCCUGUUCAUCAGUGUUAAUAUAUUCGAGUAACACUCUUGCUCCUGCUGAAAACGUAACGUCACAUAUUCAGACAGACCCGCGUUACCUCCUGUCAAAAACAACCCAAAAAUAUCUUGCAGGCUGAUGCUCGCCAACAUGUUUACAGGGGUUUUUUCCAAACUGUUUACUGGGAUCCAGAGGGUCUGUCGCUUUACUCUGGUUCAUAUCUUGAGCCUCUUUCACAUUGUAACCCUGCAACAAAUUCUACUUUCACUACGCCUUUGUACUCGUACUUGUCAUUGCACCUUUAAAUGCAAUAAUAUCUAAGCAACAGUGUGUGAUCUCACAUUGCAUUGGAGUGUUGCAGGAUAGCGAAGUGUGUAUGCAUAUAUCACAUUCACAUCUCUACUGAAAAAGCUGUUUUUAGCUUUUUUAUGAUAUAAUAAGAUUUGAGCUUAAAAACUCAAACCGAUGAAUCUUUUCCUGUUGUCACAUUAAACUGCAUCGACGGCGUGAUCUAGUGAUGCUUCUCGUGCAAUGUUGCGUUCUGCAGGACCAUAAAAACACAAAUAAAUCUAAACCAGCUCCAUCCAGGAAAAUCACUGAUCUUACUGGCUCACGUUUUCUUUGGCUGCAAAUGACAGCAGAGGGUUUAUUAAUUACUAAACAAUUGUUGUACUCUUGGCAUCGCAUCAGCUCAAAACCAAACAAGCUGUCUCCUCAGGAAAAAUGUGGUUAUGUAAAAAGGUUUUCACAACACAAAAACACACACUUCCUCUCUCCUCCUUGGCGGUUUUUCAUCCUGCGCCGAAAACCAAAAACAUCUCGGUUUUGAUACGUGGGAGUACAGACAGCAGUGAAUUCAAGAACAAACAAAAGCCAUGCUCGGAGAAAUAAGACACCUCCAUCAUAACAUUUGAACAUUUCAGUCGAUGUUAAUUGUCAAAAAAAAUAAAAGCCUCAAACUCUGAACAGGCGUGUUUAAACAACAGCCCUUCACUGAUUCUACCAUUCAUACUGAAUAAACCCCCCACACGGUGAAAACGCUGCAUAAAUGCUCACAUUGCUGGUUGAGAAGAUAACUCUUUGCUUCUGUUCUUGCAAAAAAAGAAGAAAAAAAAAAUGUUCCACUAUUCAAAUGUGCCAUUUUAAAUCGUUGCAGUUGAAACAGGUGAGUCAUAAAGCUCGGCUGAGCCAGGAGUCCCACUCUGCAGUCUGCAGGAAGCCUGUGAUAUGAAGGUGGGCGGCUGUCACACAAUCACUUAUUAAUGGCGUAGAUUUGCCUCGCUGCAGUUAAGUUUCUGCAGAUGACACUGUGCUUCUCCGAGACAGUUUUUGCAGAAACUGUCGCGACUUCGUGUGACAAACUGAGAAACUGUUCAAACUGCAGUUAAGUUCGGCUAUUUAGGUCAACUAAAAAUCCUUUUAAAUCUGUUAAACACCUAAAAACUGUGCGCAAACUGUACUGCCAUUAACAUUCUUUCAUCUCCUCACAAGCAACUUGCUGCAGUGGGAAAAAAAAAUCAAUUUCACCCAUUUAACUGAGAGCUAUUUCAGGCUGCGAGGCAAAAAUAGCAUGACCUUUCUCAUACAGGGAUGUGUCAUAGCUGGAACACAUAGGUGGCCACAGUUUUGAACACAGCUAAGAAUAACACCACUAUUUAUUAAGUAUAGAUGCAGCAGUGCACCAGGCAACCCGAGGAUACUGAACCUGGAAAAUAUGAACUGUGGUCCACUUAUUUCAAAGCAAAAACGACUUAUUUCACAGACCUUUGAUUCCCGUGCCUACAAUGCUGCAAAAACAGUUUGGGGGAAAUCGUUCAAGUCAUUGUGGGAAGAAAAGUUGCAAGAAAUAUAUUUUCCCUUCAUGCUGCGGUGCUUUCUUGCAAAGAUGAGGAGGGUUUUGUUGACACUGUGGAAAAUAUGAGUAAAGCAGGGGAAACACGAGUGCAAAAGUGAGCGUGGAAUCACAAAAGGUCGUUUUAAACUUCACCUGCUCUGUUUGAAAAUAUGUGCAUGAGCAAUUUAGAUCGAUUUGGAGUCAUAAUCUGUGUUUUUUUUUUCUUAAAUCAAUGUCCAAAAAGUGAGUGAAUCCAUAUGUAAAGUAAUUUUAAAACAAGGUCAAGAGCCCAGGGAAAAAAAAUGUCUGUGGCUUUUUAAAAAAAUCUUUGGCAGCAGUUUCUUUUAACCUCCUCUGACCUCCUUUAGCCUCUGCAGGUGCAGGCCGUGAUCAGUGUGACUGACAGGGAGACAGAAUGUAAACAAACCUGCUUUGCUAACUGGGUCGAGGACAGAUCAUGUAACGAAGAGUGUGUGUGACACUUUCAGCAACCAAAACAGAAACAGACUUGGAAGAAAUGGACUUUAACAUUCAUUAUUAUGCAAAAAUUAGAGUAAAAUUGUCUGAUUAUGUUGUUUUUGUUUCUCAGAAUAAGUUGUUUAUAUCCUUAUUAGGAGUGGGACCCGGCAUCUUGCACCACCAUGUUUCUAGCAUUAAACCAAAACCAGCAACAAACAUGUUUCAGUAUUUGAUGAAUAGAAACGGAAAGAAAACUAAAGUUUUGCACAGAAAAACCUAUGAUAACCAAAGUUUUUCAUGGUAAAAACUUCAAAAAUGGCGGAUCAUAUUCAUCAUGCAUCACAGGUGCUUCUUGUCCCCCAAAGGCCACCAUAGCUUCACUGACAGUAGGGGUGAGCAAGCAAGUGUUUCAGUCUUAUAAUCAACCAGAAAUAGAGAAGCGCCACGAUAGGUGAAGGCAGUUUAUGAAACUCAGUGCCAGUCGUAUUAUUAUUGCAGCUCGAAAAUUAAAGCUCCCCUAAGGAAUUUUAGGUGUCAGUUUAAGCAGUCUUUGUUUAUCUGGUCUUUUACAUGCCUUAUAGUGUCAUCCUAGUGUUUAAUUUAUUUUGACUGUCUUGUGCAGAAAAUGUAAAAACAUGGCUAAUGUUGCCUUCAAGUUACCUUGGACGUCGGAGCUAGGAAUGACGCUAUACCCGAGUUGACGGCGUUACAGUUAACAAGUUGGAAAACUUAAAUGGAUGCUGACUGUUACCCGUUGUUAGCUGUUGUUUUUAAAUUGUCAGCUGUCGUUGGCCAUCGUUAGUUGUUGUUAACCGUUAUUAGCUGUUGUUAGCUAAACCAGUAUUUUACAGUUAGAUACGACUUAUUUAAUUUCACAGAAGUGCUAAUAAAUAACACAUUACGAGAGCUUUCACCGUUACGUUUUACUGUUGAUGCACUGUGCUGCCAUCUUGGAUUAUGACGUUGUCGCCAAGUUGGAGUUGGUGAUGAUAGUCCAACUCACUGAGUUGGAAAUCUGACUUCCAGAUGAAUUUCUAACUCGGAGCUCGGAAAUCCUGACCUCCGAGGACAACUGGAACGCAGCAUAAUUCUUGGCUGUUUACCCCUCAAAUUGGUAACAUUACAACAAUAAAAUAGUCAAUCUUGUUGCUAGUGGUCUUGUUUUGCUUUUGAAGGCCAUACAUAUAUCACUCUUGAUACAAGAGCUCACUUAUUUAUUCCAAAGUCCAUUUUUGAAUGCUAAUUUUUUUACUUGUACAGCAUAUCAACAGUUCCUCCUCCUAGCUAGGCCUUCCUCCAUUGGUUGCACAAAUUUGAGUUGUUGUUUGGCGCCAUACUAGGCCAGAGUUCAACUAUUGUUUUUUUUUUUUUUUUACUUACUCUCUCUCUUCAUCCCACAGGCACCGGUCCUGGUGCAGAGAGACCCACUAUUGUGUCCCUGCUGCGGCUUUGUGCAGGGAAAGCCCGAUCGGUAGUGGUGGAGGGCCACAACGUGACCUGACAACAAGGAACCUCCGGGAAAACCGUCAGUCCUAAACUAUGUGCAGUGGAGAGGGAGGGUGGGGGGACGCGAGGGGGAACACGACAAACGACGGAGCUGUCUUUUUCUCUAUUAUCGUUAAAAAGGGGAAUCUAAAUACAGUAUAACCUCGACAAAAAGAGAGAGGGUGAGUGAUUUAACGAAGACAAGGAGGAUUUGAGGAGAUAGUUUGGUGGAGGAGUCUAAAGUGAGGGGUUGACGCGAAUGUCGUCCGUCGAAAGCCUCCUCCUCCUGCCCGGAGAAGACACCCGAUGGCUGGGAGGCGGAGACGGGACCCCCGUUGACGUCAGUGGGCCUGUCUGUUUCCUGCAAUAGAAAGUGAGAGAGAAGGUGAAGGGAGAAAACACAGAGCUGUACCCCCCUCCUCUUUACACUAAAAAGGUGCGUUACAACCCCGCACCUGUGAGUUUUCAUAAAUCAAAACCAGGGGUGCGUUUGCUUUGUUUUCCUGCGCAUUUUUUUCUACAAGCGGAGCCGUGGCGGGGUUUCUGUCACUGUGAUAUAGGUCGGUGUCGGUGGCUGUUCCCUGAGAGGAGGGUCGGACAUGCUUUCAACACUGCCCGCCUUGUGUUUCUCUCCGGCUUAGCCCGCCGUGAACUUUUACGCCUGUGUGUUUUUACCCCUCACAGGCGCAUUUUUUGCCGCAGUUUUCCCGCGUGGACUCCUGCAGCAAACCCAGUGGAGACAACUUGAGCCCCCCUCCGGUGCAGCAGCUUUUUGCGCCUCGCUCUUUGUUGCUUGAUAUUUUUGUGCACCACAGGUAAGCAACAACAUGUUAUUGUGUUCAUGUGUUCACUGUCAUGGCUUGUGUUUGGGGAUUCAUGUGCAUGUGUGUGUUGGAUGAGGGGAAGUGUCUCUCCGGUUGUUGCAGAGACAGUGAGGGGUUUUCCCUGGCUCCUCCCUCUCUCACAGGGCGUUCACGUGUUGCAACAGGCUUAAAAAAAUGCGCUAUUCCCACGCAGUGUUUUUGCUGACUUCACCGCACGGAGUGAAAUCCCAAAUUAUCUGUUUUCUCCUGCAAGAUCAUCCCAGUCAAAUCCACACAGAGCAUCACUCUUUAUCCACAAUUCCUGAUAUUUCACUCAUCAAUUAGCUCCAUCACACACUCUCAGACGUCGCCAGUGCGUGAUUUUGCGUGAACAAUGCGCCGCUGAUGCCUCGCUUUUACAUAAUACCUCUCGUAGAUCCUCAGGUGUGAUCGGAACCGUUCCUCAUUAGUCACCUGCAGCCUGUCAGGGUUAGCGCAGAGCGUUACGGCGCAUGUUUGGCUCGGAUCUAAUGGUGGUGCGUGUGUGUGGGCCAGUGUAUAUCGGGGUGUUUCCGAGCAGACAGGAAUUGCAGACGGACUGACAAAAACACGCCAGAGGAAAUGUGCACGUCUCUCUCCUCCUCCUCCUCUUCCUUCUUUCCUGCGCAGUCGAACCUGCACCCGAACCAGAUUGUGCAUCACUGAGAGAGCCAGGUGAGGCGUGCAUCUCUGCUUUUUUUCUCGUGUGUAUGUGCAUUUUGUCUCAUGCGACCCGGUGCAUCUACACUAAAAAAUGCACCGUGGGAUGAUGUCAUUGCUCCAGCGCCACAUGUCCCAACUGUAUGGAGGGGAAAAAAAACAUCAUCCAGUUGUAGUAAGUGUUAUGUAAUAUUGGUGAGGAGGGGAAACAAAGGCUGCUUCCUGCUGCUCUCUGCUCUGUGCAUCUCUCUGGAACAUCAUCGGGAUGGUGCAAAAGCUAGAGAGACGAAAAAUAAGUUGAUGUUAAUUCAUGUUUUGUGAUUGUGAGCUUCUCUAUAUAAAAAAAAAAGAUCACAAUAUAUUUUAUCAUAUCGUCCGAUCUUGAUUAUUAUCACGAUUUUUUAAAACUGCCUGUUUUAACUGUACUAAAAACUAAGGAAACUAGAGAUUAGUUCAAGAUUUUAUUAACAUACAAAGUGAAUAAAGAAAAUUGAAUUAGACACACUGAGAAAAAUAUUUAAAAAACAUUUUAACUCAAUAGCACAAUAAAUGUAGGAAAAUACUAAAUAAUACAGUGAACUAGUUUACAGUCCUGAGUGUUUCUGCAGGUAUGCAAGACCCAAAAUAAACAAACCCCCUCAGAGAUAAUGAAGACGCCUUCAAAUGUAAACAUUAGAUGAUGUAAACGUAAAUGAUAUGAUUAAUCGCUGUCUAGGUCUGGUGGCUGCACCGCUAGUUGUGGCUAAACUGCUAAUGCUACUUGUGUCGUCAGACUCCGCUCACAUUUUCACGCUUUCCGCAUCACCACUCGGGAAGUACUUCUCCAAAUGAUUAAACAGAUUUGCUGUGUUGCUGGUUUUUUGAGGGCACCGAUUGCCGACAUACCUUACACAUCGGCUUAAUUACUCGAGGUCACUUUGGAGAUACCCGAACCACCGCCACACAACCGACGUCGAAUAACUUCUCAACAAUAACAUCUUUGGAGGACGACUCAAAGUCACGGCUGACAACUAUCUCACUGCCCUCAGCUCCGCGUUUAGCUCCAUGUUCGGUGAUUCUGUUUACUUCUCCGGCAACUUACAGAAGUGAGCAGGAAACGCUCGACUCUGAUUGGCUGUUGUGACGCACACUUCCUCUAUGUUUGAUCGAGUAAAUAUGCUCUCAGCUGAACUGAAAUUUAACACAAUCAUUGAUCAAGAUCAUAUAAUUCCCCAGUCCUAGCUUCUCUUGCACUUGUUUAUGCACACCAGACAUCUCUGUGGGUUUAACAUUUAACUUCAACGCCCACCUUUUUUUUGGUGAGACAGGGCAGUAUUUGCAUGAGACAUGUUAAGCCUGUGAUCUCUGCUUGUAUGAAAGGGCACCGAAAGUAGUCAGAGUGCAGAUAUUUCCCCCUGUGGAGGUGGCUUCUCUAUGUUUCUGCUCUGACUUUCUGCACUGAUCCAAGUUCAACAGCGAGAUUUCUCUCUGAUAGUAACCUCUGUGUGGCCGCCCAGCUGCCCCGGCGCACACAGGACCCUGAUUGUUUGCAUCGUUCGUCAUCGGCGCUGACAUUCGUCAAAGUAAAGAGCCGGCGCCCCUGACGUGUCAAUCAGACGUUUCCCAUUGACAAGCAGAGGAUCCUCCACUUCGCUGUGCUUUGUUCCAGAUCAGAGUGGCAGAUAGCAGCUGCUGCAGAGGUUAUACUGAUACAGGGGGGAUAUAUCCACACCUCCUCUGCUCCUCUGACAGCAGGCAGCAGUCCGAGACGCACCGCACAUUAUAACAGAGGAGAGUCCAGCUGAGGCACCUGUUUGAGACUCAGAGCAGAGGACUCAGCGCUCCUCCAUCGAUCUGUUUGACUUCACGUUCACAUGAUAAACAUGACUCUACAUCCUGUGUGUGUUUUCUGUAGAUGCACCAAGACUGUGGCUCAGGAGUCGACUCUAAAUCCCAAUUUCCCCAAGAUGCACCUGUGAACUGAGGGCGGGAAAGAUGCCGCGCACCAAGCAGAACAACCCGAAGAACCUAAAAGGUGAGUCAACAUCACCUGCGGAGGAAGGAACUCCGCGCACAUGUUUGUCUUCUCCGUCUCAGUAUGUGGAUGUGUUGAUUGAAGUCUAAAGAGGAGCGGCUCAGAUGUCUCCUCUUACCGCAAAGUAAUCAUAUCACUUCAGACUGUUGGUGGAAGGUGUGUUUGUUUAUCUGAAAACUCAAAUAUUUCCUUCCUGGAUCCUCUUUUGGUGGAAAUAAGAAAGUGAAAACUCGUGAUCUCCUUCACUCAUGUGAGCACAACAUCCUUUUCAGUGUCCCCGCUGUCACUCUGCAGUUCUCCACCCAAACACUAGUCUGUCACUCGUGUCAUUUCUUUGCGAGUCAUGCUGCCAGUUUCUGGUCACUGGAUGUUCUGUCCUUGUUUGUGCAGAGUAAACCAAAGCGGCUGAAUCGGAGCGUUUCAUGUUGAAGUUGGAGCUGAUAGAUGUUGGUCAGCAGUCGAUCAUGCUGCUGUUUGUUUACAUUUUCUGCUGCUGUGUUGUUUUGUCACAUGCUGUACUGGUGAUGGAGAGAGUCAAUCUUCCUCUUUCUGCAUCUCCCUCUCUCCCCUCUCUAAACUCAGCUCAGUCUCAGCAGAUGACUGUCUAACAUCAGUCUGGUUCUGCUCCAGGUUUCUGCCUGUUAAAGGAAGUUCUUCCUCUCCUCUGUAAUUUGUUAAAUGCUGUAAAGUGCUACAUUCAUUUUCUGGACUUGUUGGGUGAAGGUUAGGGUUAGGAAUGUCUAGAUACAACCUUUUGACUUCUGAUACGAUACUGAUAUUGUAGCCUUCAAUAUAAACCAAUACCGAUAUUGAUUCGAUAUUGGCAUAAACUUGUGCAUGACAAGUUUUCCACUCAGCUGCAACAUGUUUUCCGGACACAGGGCCGACAUCACUCUUACUCCUUGCUACUUUGUUUGUACACUCAGUGCGUUCACAUGCACAGCUUAAUCUGACUAAGCCCUAAAUUUGUUUUUUUGCCGAAUCAGUCUUCUCUCCUUGUCUGCUGAGAAAAAACGAAUUAUUGACGUGAACGUGUCCUCCUUCCCAGAAGUAGGGGGCAAUAUGGGUCAUUUCAGUGGCGCUGUUUUCCGACCUUUUUUAAAGAUGUCUCCAUCCCUCAUUUUGCGACCAUCCAUAUACUUUAAAAUGUCCAAAGCAUAGCAAAAGUGGACAUUCUUUCAUGCUUCAGCCAUGUUGCUGUUGCUUCUGAGGCAAAAGUUCUUGAUGGUGCCACUUCUUCUCUGGUGUUUUUGUUCCGGGCUUACAGGGGCGUGGUGCACGCGUACAUGCAUUGUCCGGUCAUACUCCGACUACGCUGGUUACAUGGUAGAGAAAAUUGAAAUCCAAUCACAUUAUCUGGGUGUCUUAAUCUGAGUUCUCAAAUUCCGAUUAAGGUGUUUACAUGCACUUCAGUUGUCCGAUCUUCAUAGGAGUAAGGCAAGAAUUCGGUUUUCUCGAGUGUCAUGUAAACGUACUGACUGUUGUUGUGAUUUUGUGGCUCAGCUUGCUGGAUCAGGGCGCUGCUAGAUAGAGAUGCCGGAGCGGAGUCUGGAAUGGACUGCUUGUAUUGGAGUGCUGAUAUUGGAGAUUUUAGAUGCAGGCUGAUAUAAUUUGAUAUUUGUUUGUUUUUGCUGAUAUCCGACCGAUAUCUGAUAUCAAUAUUGUAUCGGGACCCCCUUAGUGAAGGUGGCUCAGAUUCAUCAUGUGCAUGUUAACGCAUGAUAAAGAUUUUUCCUCAGGACCAGCAGUGUUCAGAAUACAACAGUCUUAAAAUAAGGAUGAAUAUAAAAUGAAUAUAAAUAAGAUUCUAUAUUCACAACAUGCAUUGAGACUAAUUGGAAUCUUUUACUUGAAAACACUCGCUGAGAUUUGAGGUUUUGCAGCGAAGCUUUCAGGCUUCAGCAGGCUGAUCAUGCACUUGUUUUGCAUCAGUUUCAGUAUUUGCUGCACAAUCCAGUAUCAUACCUGAAUGCACUAAACAAAUGCAUGAAAACCACAGGACGUCAUCUGAGCUUUAUUUGGAUAAAAUAAUUCAAAUUCAUUCAUGGAUUUUAUUCUGGAUAUCUGUGACAUGACGGUGCAGGAUGAUAAACUCAUCAUGAUGUCGUGGUCAGCCAUGUUUUUAGCGAUUGUUACAUGAAUAAAAUAAGAUGUCAUCCUUAAUCUUCAUGCUCCUUGUUUCCUGUCAGGAGUCUGUGUUUUCUCCCCUCCUCUGUGACGUAAUCCCACUAAUGCUGGCUCCUGUUUGACUUUGUAUCCAUGUGUUAACGCACAGCGGCGUCUGUGGCUGCAUUGUUUGUUUUUGAUCUCGGAUCACUGGCUCUGUUUAUGUCACAUCUGUUGUAACCCAUAUGGCACAUGAUUCAUUCAUUUAUUCAAAUCGUGUUUGCUGGGCACGAAUUUCUCCUCUGUAAUGCGAAUAAAAGGGGGGAUUAAUGAAAGGUGAAUCUGAAGGAAAACAAAAGGUUUUAACAGGAAUGUGAGAAAAAUGCAUCAAAAGUCGGCGCACUGUACUCCUCUCAUAUUCACACGGAGCACCAAUUGGCUUGCAGGAUUUUGUGUUAUGUUGAGAACUGACAGAUUUACGUGUCAACAGACGUUUGCAGUUCACAGAUCUCUGAUUUUGCAGCGUUACUUGCUGGGUGUGAAAAUGUGCAUCACUGCAGUGGAUCCUCACAGCACAUUUCUUCAUGUCUGUGAGCAGCGAGCCACAGUUCCUCAGUUUAUUUAGCAUAGAAACACUUCCUGUGCUCUUUUUUUCCCCUCUCAUCCAGCUCUCUUGGCCAAACAACAUAAAUAAUUAAGUUGGAGAACAGUACAUUUCAUUGCCCAACAGAGGACGAUAGAAACGGCGGCCAAAUGAUACUUGAGUCUAUUUUUAAUGGUGACUGUUCCCUUGUUUCUGGCCGUGCAGAUGACAGGCUGCAGCUGCUGCAGUGAGGGGGAUUUUAGUUUUUACUGGUGGGUAAAAAAUUCAGACUGGAAAGAGUUUAAUGAACAGAAAUGUGACCAAGACAGAAGGAUUAAGGAGCGGAGUCAUAGACUCCACAGAAACACACUUUACAUAAGAGAUAACGUCACUGUUUGUUCUGCGGGACAAAUAAAUGCGAAACGAUCAAUUUUUGGUUGUUUUGUGUCUGUUUGUGGUUGUUUUGUGUCAGUUUUUUCUGUUGCGUGUCGUUUUUUGGUUGUUUUUUGCCUGUUUUGAGUUCAUUUACAUCUUAAUAUUGUUGUUUUGUUUGUUAGCAGUCAUUUUUUAUGUCUUUCUGCUCAUUUUGUGCCUCUUUUUGGUUGUUUUGUGUCUGUUUGUGGUAAUUUUGUGUCCGUUUUUUAUGUUGCGUGUCUCUUUUUGUUGUUUUGUGUCUUUUUUUAGUUAAAUUACAGCUUAAAAUAGUUGUUUUGUGUCCUUGAAGUCUUUUUAAUGUCUUUGUGCUCAUUUUGUGUCCCUUUUGGUUGUUUUUGUCUGUUUGUGGUUGUUUUGUGUCUUUCUGUGGUACCUGUUUUUUCUGUUGCAUGUCUCUUUUUGUUGUGCCCGUUUUGAGUUAAUUCACAUUUUAAUAUAGCUAAUUUGAGUGUUUGCAGUCUUUUUUAUGUCUUAGUGCUCAUUUUUUAUCUACAUGCGGUUGUUUUGUGCCCCUUUUUAGGUAGUUUUUUCUAUUUGUGGUUGUUGUGUGUCUUUCUGUGCAUGUUCAGUAUCUUUUUGUGGUAAUUUUGUACCAGUUUUUUCGGUUGCGUGUCUCUUUUUGUUGUUUUGUGCCUGUUUUGGGUUCAUUUUCAUCUUAACAUAGUUGUUUUGUUUGUUUGCAGUCUUUUUUAUGUCUCUGUGCUCAUUUUGUGUCCCUUUUUGGUUGUUUUGUGUGGUUGUUUUUGUCUUUUUUGUGGUUGUAUUAUUCCCUGUUGUGGUUGCUUGGGGGGCGCUCUCUCUAUUUUUUAAAAACCUAUUUUACAGUUUUAAUCUCAUUCCUGUCAUUUCUGUUUUUCUCAAAGUGUCAUACUUGUUAUUUUGUGUCUUUUAUGUGUAAUUUUAACAGGUCUCUUUGUGUCUCUUUGUAGUUUUUUUGCUUUUGUAUUGAAGUUGUUAAAUUGUGUAAUUAUUCAUCAGUUUGAAAGUUGUUUUUAUCUCUUUGUGGUUUUUGUCUGGUUGUGUUUUAUUCCGCUUCAGUCUCCCGAUCGUCUUUGUGGUCCGUUUGUGUAGUUGUAGUAUCACUUUGCUUUAAAUCAGCCUCUUUGUGGGUUUUGUUUGUGUCUCUUUGUGGUCAUUUGGUCUCAUUUUACUGUCUUUUGUGGCCCUCUCUCCUCCAGGUGUGAUUUUAUGAGUAAAGCUUGUAUUGUCGAGUUAUUUUGUAUCUAAUUAAAGCGGAAUUAGGAUCAGUCUCAUUUCCCCCUUAAACGCACCGCAGUGUUUUCCGAGGUGUGUAAUUGCUCUCAGUGUAAUUUGUAAGCGUCUAUCCAGCGUGUUGCAGUGAGCGCCCGCUCCACUUCCUCAUAAUCUGACGACUUGUUGAGACAUAAGUUUGGCUUCUUCUUCUUCUUUUUUUCUCCUCCUGACCCAGUUUGUCACCUCUGAACUCAAGGCUUCCCCUUCAUCAGACAGGAAACCAUAAUUGCGCUGCACGCUGUCACAUGUUUGGACUCCGCUGUGGAGAACGCGCUUAUAAAUGCGAGCUCAAAGAAAUAAAGAAAAACAGCCCAAAACUGCCCUGAAGACAUCCCAUCAUGAGGCUGUAGAAACACUCGGCGCUUUAAACACAGUGUUUUCUUUGCUUGAAUAACAAAGCAGUUAUGAAUCUCAGCACAGACGCAGAGCCGGGUUUGAGUCAGUAUUUAUACAAAUGUCUUGGCUUCACAGUAGAUGGACUCAUGAUAGAGAAACUGUGAGUGUCUGAUGAGGUUUGUGGUGUUUGAGGCUUUAUGAACAAAUGUGUUUUAAUUUUGUAAAUCAGAGAGCGAUCUGGUCCUGGCUUUGGAUGGAAAUAUGGGAGGGUCGCCUAAAAAGCGUUAAAUCCACUGUUGCACAAUUCUUGUUAAUUUUGUCUGAUUUCAAGAGAUAAAUUAAUAACUAAAUUUAAUGCUAUUAAGACGAGUUUUCUUUUUCUUUUUUGGUUAAAUUCAUUAUUUUAUUAAUCUGAUCAUAAAAAAUAUUCUUAGACAAAUUAGUCGAUUGAUUAGUCGACUCAACGAAAGAAUAAUUGUGAGAUUAAUCAAUUAAAAAAAUAAUCAAUAGGUGCAGCCCGAGUUGACUCCAGAUAUCAGACUGUUUUAUCAAUUAUUAACCCAGUUAGACAAAGUUGUUGAUCAGAGUAUUUCUAAUAAUAUUAAUAUAUUUUUUAUAUUUUUCUUUUUUAUCCUUGAACCAGUAAAAUCCAGAUUCUUUUUGAAUAAUUGAUCGAUUAUUGAUAAUCAAAGAUCGCUCUAUGAUAGGAAUUUCACAGGAAGUUAGAAGACACAAGAUAAGCAAAGACGGCUUUGUCCACAGGGGGCGCCAGACUGAACAAAAACCCAAAGUUCCCUACAGGAGCUUUAACUUUACAACUGUAGAGGGCCUGUGAUGAAUUAUUGGACCACUUUAACAUAAAUCAGGGUUAGGCCCUCUGACACUCAAACAUGGACAUUAAUAAUAAUGCUCAGACAGUCAUUCUCGAUCUGAAACUCCAGAUCCUCUCGUGUUUUUUCUUCUACAAAUUAAACUUGGCACACUCUCUUCUGUCGGGGGCACAAAGACGUAAUUGUUUUAUCGCUCUUUGGCUGCACUUUGAGUUUCUACCAGGUGAUUUAAAGGCGUUCUUGUGGGAUCAUGUCGGAGGGUGUGAGCUCAGAUCCGCUGUCAGCUCAUCAGCAGACAACAGGCGGUUAUUUGAGGCAGUGAGAGAUUGAUCGUCAUUUUUAAUAGAGUGAAUACUUUGGUUCCGUUUUUGGGAGCACCUUUCCCUUCCAGAAAAUAAGGAACCCAUAAAAGAAAUUAUUCAACAAUUAAACCUUCAUUGUCCGUCUAAUAAAAAUGCUCUGCAGUACAUCUUCAAGACGCUCCUAAUAAUCGGUUUCUGUUUGCACACUGCUGUUAUAUCUGUCGGGUAAAAUAAGAGUUUUUAACAAACCGUAACAAGUUUUUAACACUUUGCCAAGUUCACAGCUAUAAAUCAAGAGUGCUCUCUUAUUUAACAGCAGCAUAUAAUUGUUGGUAAUUUGAGUUUUGAUGGCUUCAUCUGAAUUUGAAGUCUGCCAUUUGAGCACACACCUUCUCAAUUCUCUCAAUUAUACUGUUUUGCGAUCUAAUUUUGUUGUUAGCCCUAUUCCUGUUUUGGCUUGCCGGUUAGCCACCAAACAUCUUUUUAACUUAGCCUGAUUUCUUUAGCAAAGAGACUAAACACAACUCAUCCACUCUCCUCCAGCAGCUGCUUGUUUGUCGGGGUAGCCCUACUACGAGUGAAGCAGAGUUUCGCAGCUCAAGGAAGAACAUUUAUGAUCAUUACUUCAUGGAAAUAAAAUCAGAGUUCUGCUUUAACAUUUCCAUGAAGUAAUAAUAAAUUUUCCACUGCACUCAGUGAUCGACUCUUCAGGGCUCCCCCACAAACAAGUGGCUGCUGGAAGAGAGGGGGUGAGUUGUGAUUAGUCUCUUUGCUAAAGAAAUGUUGAUGAAGUUAGGUGCUGUUCUGAGCAUUAUUUGUGGCUAUAGAGUGGCGUUUUGGUUGAGGUUUGUUUAUGGCACCUUAGACCACUGUGUAUUGCUAUCCUGCGGUCGUUACUAAAUUUGGUAUAACUAGAGAAGCAAGCGCUCGGCAACAUUCAUCUCUGGAGGGGGUGUCUGACUCAGUGUUAUGGUGUGUUUGACCAUAACUUAAAUUUACACCUGAAUUUCUCUUUAACUCGUCACCCUAAAACCACUCACUUCAGAUUACAGCAUCCCCAGAACCUCAAAAGAGGUUAAAGUCGUUGUAAAGUUUGCACAUACCCAUCAUUUUGCACCAAAUAUUUAAAAAUCUGGUGGCGGCUGACCCCAAAUGUUAACCUGCCACAGCCGACAUUCGCCCGUAUUCAGCCGAUGGCAGGUGCUCAUUUGAUUCCCUGACUGGAAACAUUAAUCUCACUGACAGAAAUUUUACUAAAGAGACGGAAAAACCUCGUAGAAACACCUGAGACCAUGACGAAUGUGAAGCUGCGCCAAAAAAAUCAGAUUAGGGGAAAGUGUGAGAUUAUAAUCUGAUUCACUUCUGUCAGAUUAUAAUUGACUUCUUGUUUUGCGCGCACUCUCACCUUAAUCCGUCAGUUACACCAGAUUUUAUCAGGUUAAAUGACCCAGUCUGAGGCAGCACACUGUCUGUUGUUGUUGGUUCGUUGUUGGAGCGGUUCACCUGGCAACGCAUACCAUAAAAUUUGGGGGCGGGGCUUGUGAAAGGGCACCUUGAAUAAACUGUAAGCUUACCUGUCAUCGGCCUUAACAUUUGCUUUUGUCGUCUUGUUGUGUGUUUUUUCUGCCGUUUUCGUCGUGAGUCAUCUUUUUGUGUUCGAGUCGUACUCGUCUCAUCAAUCUCAGGAGUUGUUUUUCAUGUUUUUGUUCGAAUUUGUUUUUGUUUUUUAGUUAUUUAGUGUCUCUUUAUACUUUAGUGUAUUUUCAGAUUUAAUCUAAUUUGAAUCUCGUUUUUCACCAGAAACCACAAAUAAAAGGCAGAGAGCAGGAGAUGCUCUCUUUGUAUUCGUGUCUGAAUCAUAAAAAGAAAAAAAACAUCACACAUAGUAAACUCCGAGUCAGAGGGAUGGUAUGCUGCUUUAAGCUACACACUGCCUGCAUUAUUUUCCCUUUGAGAGGCACCGAGAGGAAAAAAACCCGCUCACAGGUGCUCAAUGAAUCAUUUACCCUCGAGGGACAGCCGAGAGAUUCAUUCAUGAAACUCGACAGAUUAACAAAAUAAAGGUUACCUGGGUGCAGAGCUGGAGCGAUCAAAGGUUUCGCUCACUUAACCCUUUAGUUCACAACUCUUUUUUUUGUAUCAAACGCUCAGAUUUCCCAUCCUGCCUCGGGCUUGUGAGUGUGCACUUUGUGUGCUCCAGUGUGUCUGUGUGUGUCGGGAAUGAUCCUGUGACGCAGUUUGUGGGCAAUAAUGCAGGAAGUUUGGAGCGGGUGUCCCCCUCCUCCUCCCCCUGUCCUUGCAGUCUUUGUUGACUUUUCUGAAACAGCUGGUCUCUAAGCAGCUCAGGAGGGAGACACAGUGGUUUCCCCUUCAGACAGACGCACUCGCUCUCCGAGGACAUCUGCAGAAAUACACAACACGCUCUCUGCUGCCAGGAGUAAACGUUUGUAAUGUGGAGUACUUAGAAGUCAGGCAACUUUCUCCUCUGCUCCUCUGUAAUUCAGAUGAAUUAUUGUGCUGGACUCCAAGUUUAAGACGGUUUUACUAACUUUAUACUUAAAAACCAGCUGUUUGUUUAAAAAUGUACUAAGGGUUUCUAAAUGUAGGUGUUUUAAACUGCUGAAGCGCUCACAUGCAUCUGAAAAAAUCACUUUAUUGGCAGAAAAUCAGACAGUAACUUCUCCGUUUGACAACAAAGAAAGAGGAAGAGAAAAAAAUAAUUACAGAAGGGAGAUUUUUUUUGUUUUCAUUUCGACAUUAAAGUCAAAAAAAAAAAAGACAUUUAAAAAGUCAAAAUUUUGACUUUAUUCAUGUCGACUUUAAUCUUAGAAUUCAACUUUCAUCUCAAAAUUUUACUUUUUUCAAUCUCUAAAUUUCCACAUUAUCCACGACAUUUCGGCAUUUUGUAAUCUCGAAAUUUCGACUUUUGAUCUCAAAAUUUCAACUUUAAUCUCGAGAUUCAAACUUUUAUUCUCGAAAUUUUGACUUUAUUGACAUAAUUCACAUUCUUUAAUCUUUAAAUUUCAACUUUAUUGACAUAACUCAAAUUUUUAAUCUCAAAAUUUUGACUUCAAUCUCGAAAUUUCGUCCUCAAUUUCAAAAUUCUCGACUUUAAUCUUGGAAUUUUGACUUUAAUCUUCUUCCCUUAAUUAUUAUUUUUUUGUCUUAUCCUCUUUCGUAGACAACAGUGCAAAAAGUUUCAAAAAUUUUCUAGAUUUAGCUCCACAAAUGUGAAAAAAUUAACACUUAGAUUAAUAACUUGAAGGUUUAAAGACACUGUGAGCAGUUCUCGUGUUGUUUUGAUGAGGUUUCGUAUCCUCGUUUGUUCCAAAGUGAAAAGUUUUCCUGAUAUAAAGCAGAAAACAGUUUUUAACAUAUUUCCAUGUCUGGAAAAAAAAGCAGGGAGGAGAUAAAUCGGAUUAUGUCAGCCCGUGACUCAGAACACCCAUGGACAACAGAAGUGGACGGCCUGUCUGCUUUUACAAUUAUGUAACUACAAAUAUUACAGACAGACAAAAAGUAUAUCUAAUAAAUUUGGCAAAUCUUUCUUCAUAUCUUUUCUUCAUUUUCCCUUUAAAGUGAACUCAAAGAAACUCCUCAAUUUAACUCUAAACACAGAAAUACACAACCUGUACACUCAUCUUGUCCCCGUGUUCGGACCCUGUCCUAAUCUCCCUCCAAACAGCGCCCCUAGUGGUGACUUUCCUCUCUCUCCUCUCAUGUCCGCCCUUCGUUGCCCCUGAAAAUGCCCAGACUUGUUAGCAGCACCCGUGUUUAUAGAUCUGACUCUGCAUUCCUCGCCUCUUAUAAAAGAAGGGCUCCUCGCACCAGAGCCUGACAGGUCUGCCUCCCCGCUUUAGCCGACAUCACGCUGCGUGAUAAAUCGUGAACAACUGCAGUGAAAAGGGGGGUCUGCGUUUAACAAGGUGGAAAAUGUUUACCCCGUAAAGCCCGAGCGGGGAGACUGAGACGGAGGUUCCCAUCCCUCUGACACGCCCCUCUGUGCUGACAGUGAUGUUUAAACAGAAAUAAACUUUGUGUAUUUCAUUGCAUCACCCCUGCUGCCUUAUGAAUCUUUAUUAGCGUAAUUUGUAAGGGUUUAUUGUGGUUAUUAAAGCAGGUGCUGAAUUCUCCACACAUGCCAGGGCUGAAUGGUUCAGAUUUCUGUCUUAAACCUCGUGUUGUUGUUGUUUUCUGCACCUCGUUUUUUUUCACGUCAGCCUUGACAGCAACAGUUUUCAGUUAAAGAGAAACCGUCGGCGCUCGCUGUGGUUAAAUAUCCAGGGUCAGAAAACAGCAGCAGAAGCAGCAACCUGCACGGACACAGAGCUGAUGUUUGCUGCUUUAAAGCUUUUAAAAGUCUUUUUUUGGCGGAGAACUGACCGCGCUCCUUUUAGCCGUCAGGGUGAAGGUCAGAGAAGUUUGCGAUGCCUCUUCUAUCUCAGGCCUCAAUUUUAACCUGCGUGGAAGCUCCUUCUCAAAGCUAUUUAAUCCCGCCGUCAGGGACCGGGGUCAGGGUCCUCUGUUUACUGAUGCUGCUUCUGCUCUGUGGAAAACCGAAUAUUAAUCAUACAUGCUGGUUUAACUAAUCAUGAACCCAAACUGAACAAACUUAGUUUUACUGAUUUGAAGAGAGUCUUUCUUCCUGCAGUAGUCAUGGUGAUAUGACAACACAGGGAAUCAAAACAGCGCGAUCAUUAAUGUGUAGUGUUGUUUAUUCUACUGUUACUGGCACGGCUGACAGUGUAGCAAGGCUAAUAGCAGGUGGCUAACUCUAACUUUAGCUUGCAUAUUGCAUGGUGCUUCACCGUUAACUCUGCGUGACCGAGACCAGCACAGCGGGGAAUAUGGUGAAGUGGGUUGAACAGAAACUUGUUGACAUAUUGUGUAUUUCACAAACUGGUUUAUUUACCGUUGAGGCGGACCACUCUCCUCCGUGCGUCCCUGAGCUGCCUGCUUCAGAUCCGUCACUCUGCUGUGCUGUGAGGUAGUUAGUGGGUGAAGAUUGUCAUGAAGUCGCUGCGCCAUCUACAGGAUAAGUCGGGGAACUUUUCAAACAGCGGAACAUUAAAUGGCGAGUUUUGGCCGAUUACCGAUAAGUCUUAAAUGGGAUAAAAUUGGACUUUUUUUGUACAUAUCUAUAAUUAAAAAUUUACAAUUCUGCUUUUUAAUAAUUCAUGACUUUAAGUCUGAUUUCCUCAAGAGGAAACAAAAAUGAUCUCUUCUUCUCACCACACUUAACCUUAGGAAAACAAGUCGGUCUGAACGUUAUGAGAAGAAAAGCUGUUUGCAAUGACAUAGUUGGUGCAAAAGCCACAAUACAUAGAGUGCAGUCUAACAGGUAAAAAGACACAAGCAGAGUGAGAAAGCACUGAUUUAAGGAGGAGGAUUAGGGCCACUGACAAAAAAAGGUCUAAUAUAACUUUUGAAAUUAUUAUUCUGACUUUAAUCUCAGACUUUUUUUCCCCCAAGAUAAAAAAAAACAGUGGACAUGGGCAUGAUACUCUUGAUACGCUAUCCACCGUGUCAACAAUGGAGAGUCCAUGUCCUACCUGUUUCACAAAAUAGGAGUGGACAACAGAGACAACAAAGUUCUGAGAUUAAAGCCAGAAUUCUGACUUUUUUCAGAAUAAUAAUUAAAAAAUUGUAUUGGACCCAAUCCUCUUCCAUACUGAUUGUAAAUGUUUAAAGAACUCGCAAUUUUCUGCAGUAAAUUAAGCGUUUUGCUUUGUAUUUGCACACAUUGCAAUAUCCCAAAAUUUGCCAUUCAUUUUGCAGGCCUCUCAGAAGUUCUAUCUUACUAAAUGCAUAAACAACUAAACAUUAAAAUACCUAAAAGAAGUGUGUAUUUUAUUGAAAUCUUUGUGUAUGUUUUAAAUAAUCUUUCACACCGAGGAAAUCCAUCAUUUUGUUGAAGGUAAUUCAAAGUUUUAUGCAGUUUUUCAUCUUCCUGGUGAUGUGCAGGAGUAAGUCAGACAGCCUGCAAACCGAAACUUUUAUAGAAACCUUUAUUUGAGGAAAUUAGUCACAAUAUGCAUCACGGCUGAACCUCAAAUUAUACAGGGGGAUUCCUACGAUUAUAGAGACGAAUGUUAGCUUUGCUGCUACAUCAGUGUCUCCAGAGUCUGUGAUUUAACUCUGCAGGUUGGGGUGUCCUGGAAAAACACAGGAGGAGUGACGUGCAAAAAAGUAGAGCAAACUUUGUGUGCACGCUCUUAGGGAACAAACAUGAUUGUUUUUCUUCUCUUGCAUUUACAGUUUCACCUUUAGUACCACUUUUGUUGACAGCUCAGUGCAGCGUGAGGACUUGAGCUGAUGGUGGUUUUUAGCUCAGUCUUCCUGUGAUUUCACUGAAAUGUAAAGACAGCAGCAGUUUGUGUUUACAGGUCAUCUUGGCGCAGACGUUUAACUCUGAGUUAAAAUGUGAGCUGAGGUCUCCGGCCUGUUUUAUUGCUUAUAUAAAAGCCUGGGAGGUGCAGAUAAAGAGUUAACGUCCUGGCCUGCCUGAAUGGAUUUUUACAUGUUGUGUCAUGCUCAGGCAGCCAAACCAGUGUUUCCGUACAGUCCCUUCAAAUUACAGUGUGCAAACGCAGCGAGAUUCACACAAAGGGAACUUCUCUCCCGGAGGCGGGAAUAAACGGAGGUUUUUAGCAACAGUAACUACAACAAGGCAGGGAAGUCUGUUUAACUUGGUGGUUACCUCGGAGCUGCUUUCACUUUGACACAGAGGCAGAGCUGGGACAGGGAGGGAGGAAUUUUAAUGGCCUUACUGUGUUUAGUGUGAAUGAAAUUGAAUAUGUGCUCAUUCUGCCAACCUGCUAUGUGGGUUAAUGUCUAUUCCUCGUUUCUCCAGCGGAGGAAAAAAAGAGCCUCUGCUUUGGUCCUUUGGCUCAACGUGCAAAACAUAUUCAUAAAGAUGGAAAACUGCGCUGAUGGGAGGUUAGCGCCCUUCUCCGGUCUGUGUGAACUCUUAAUUGUGAGGUGUUUUGCGAAAUUGAGUGUUUUUCAUCACCUCAGGCCGUCUGCUGAGUGCAGGGCGGUCGUUCUGUGACAAAUCUGCCCUCAGGAGCGACUCCAGCGAGGAGGUGCAGAGAGGAGCCGCCCAAACACCUGCUCACAUCUGGUUCUGAGGAAACACGUUUAUGAGCGGGCUAAUUUGUGAGGAUUUCAGCUGGCAGCUUGUUAGAGUAAUUAUUACUUCAUGUUUUUUUUUAUUUCAAUGGGAGAUGAGUCACAAAUUGGUUGUAAAUCAAACAGCUGGUUGAACAUUAAGGCUUUAAAUGGAGAGAAACACGAAAACAUAUUUAGAUAAAAGUGAGAAAUACUUUAUUAUUAAUAAAUAUAUAAGAUAUGAAGAUGUUAGAUGAGUAAACUGCAAUACCAAAUUUUGAUUGUGUUGCCCUAAAAGUUUUUAGCUUUUAGCAAAAAUCACAUUACCUGUGUCAUUUUCAAGGACUUUUCUUCUGCAGAGCUCCAGUAGAUCAUUAGCAAUUCGCCUCAGAGUUGUGGGCGGAGUCAGCGCUGCUCUGCACUCUCGUCUUCAUGUUGCAGCCCAACAUUACCGGUGUUGCAGGAGAUAUUCAGCUCUCAGUCUUUGAGGGCAUGAUGAAAGUUAGUAUCAUUAUUAGCUUUCUUAUGAGCUUUGCAAUCUCCUAACGAACACGCUUGUUCCGCGAUUGCUCUCUCUACUUUUCCGAGGGGGCGGAGCUCAGAUUUGUGAUAUAAGAAAUCUCAUUGUAUCUGAACCUGCGGUCUGGGUCUGCAGGAGGUUCACAGCAAUUUGAAUGAAGAAAUACUCAGAAAUGCAGUUUUGCACCUUUUUUUCCUCAUGAUAUGUCCUGUAGCAUCAGAAAAAUGUCAUAUGAACAUGUAAAAAAACUAGAAAAACCUGAUUUUUGGGCUUUUGGGUCUUUGAAGACACGUUUUUUGUGUCUCUGAAAAGUUAAAAUUAAGAUUUGACAUUUUCUGAUCUUAAGACCUCACACACCAAAGAGUCUGUUAGACCUCAGAGCGAUGUUUCAUUACACCUCCUAAAGGUCAGUAAGUCGAGUCAAAAUGAAAAUAAGAAUAGUUGAAUUCACUUACACGCCUUUUUUUAGUGCCUGUACACUCAAAUGACAUCGUUCCUAAAAAUAUCAGUAUGUGAUUGUGGUUUGUUAAGAAUGAGGCACUGACAUGUCUGUGAGCUAGUUCAGGCAUGCAACUCCAGCUCCAUAGAUUUCAUAGAUUUCACAGAUCCGUCCUUGCCUCUGUCUCCCUCCCUGCACUUACACUCCUCUCCAGCAUCCACCUGCAGGCUCCGUCUCGGGGGGAAGUGUUUCAGAUACUGUCUCAUCACGCCUCAAUUUUCUGCUUGUAGAACAAAUUUGUAAGAAAUAAUGAGGUCGGCGCCGAGACGGCAAACACAGAUAAUGCAAAUACAACGUGAGCUGUUUGACUGAAAGCACAUCGUUUUUACUCUGUACUCUGUUCUCGCAGUUUCUGACCACAGAUAGAUUUGAGAUAAAGAAAUGGAGCGACGAAUAAGGGUCAGUGUAAAACCCAAAUAUCUGAUUAUCUGGACUUCUGCAUAAAAUCACAAAACUCCAGCAGCUUUGAUUAAGUGGUGACUGAUAUGAUAUUUGUCUAUUUUUAACUGCUUGUAUAGUUUGGGAAAUUCACUUUACUUUGAAACAAUGACAGUGACAUUAUCAGUCCUCCUGCUGCGGCUCCUCUUCCUCCCACCUCCCCCCCUACUCUGUUUACCGCUCUACUCUCGCUAUGAAUGUCAGUCAAUCUCCGCCUGUUUGUUAGGCGCUGCUGACUAAUACAGGAGCUAACAGCAGCCGCCCUCGUGUGCAGAAAAGGUUGUGUGUGUGUUUGGUGCUUUGUGUGUGUACAGAUACAGUAUAUUAGUGCAGAGGCAGAGACGCGGUUUUGUGACUAAAAUCAGACCCCUGAAGAUUUCCUGUUGCUGUGAGGGUGAGGUGCAAAUAUGUCUGACCUGAAUCGAUGCAGACUUUGUCUUCGCAAGUGUCUGAACAAAAUGUCCUGAAGAAGUUGGAGUAAUCUGAUUCUACCUAUAGUAUAUCUGUCUACAUCCACAGUCAUCUUCAUGGUAGACUCCUCCUCCUUUACCUGCAUGCCCUACCCAGCUGACUUCACCCAAACCAGACAGAGCAGUUCAAGUUUGAAGAGCGUGUCCAAUAGAGACGAACAAACAGUCAACAACAACAACAAAUCAGCCCGUGCAGACCUAUGGUUUAACAAGUCUGCAUGUUGUGUAUUAAUCAUAGGUAUAGUUUACACUGGCAGAGUCAAGAUGAUGAUUCUGGUCGGACUGAGUCCAGAGUCCAGGUCCAGGUCCAGAGAAGCAACAAUCCAGAGGAACCUACAAGUAGGGCUGGGCGAUAUGGCCUCAAAUCAAUAUCAUGAUAUAUUGAGAAAUUAACGAUAAUGAUAAUGAUAAAUGGACAAGAACUACUCCACAUUCUGCUCACCCCCUCCCACAUUAACUUCUUCUACUUCAGCAGCGACAACUUUUAAACCGUCCUCCAUCUCCUCACCUGACGUAGGACAGCGUCUUAAAGGGACAUGAGACCACAGCCUACCUACACACAUCCAAAACUUUUUGAACACAUUCCAACUACUUUUAUUUAAUUAUUUUGACACUGAAUACAUUGACAUGGGCAAAAUGACACCAGUUGUUGUCGUUAAUUUCUGUAUCAGUAAAUUUUCAGUUUAUCGCCUAGCCCUACCUACAAGACAAUGGCGCUGAGAGACCCCCUGAAGAUCUGUGGUCAGGGACAUGACUGUUUAAAGUUAAAGUUAGUUACAUAAAGACAGAGGGAGGAGGGAUAGUGAGGUACAGGAUCAGAAUCUUAGUGUGCCAGUUCUCCUUGAAGUCUUACCCCUAAUUUCCACUGGCUGCGAAACGGCCGCAUCCGCCAACGUCGCUGAUCGUAACCAUUCAAGUUAAUGUGUCAAUUUCUACCGGCUUCUUUCUGUUCUGCUACGGAUCGCCAGACUCCGCAGCUGCUUGUAAGAGUUCAAUUUUAUCCGGAUGCUGGAGCAUGCUGGAUAAAUUCAGCACAGAUUAACCCGUGCAGGAAAGGAAGUCGGGCACAGACACAAAAUAAAACGUCUGGCUUCUUUUCAAAAUAAAACACUCCAUGUUUCAGGCAGAUCGUAUUUCACACCAUGCAAAUGAGCUGAACAAGUGAAAGGUUUAUAGACAGCAUUUCAUCCAGAUGACACCAUGGAUGAGGAGAUGCUGGUUCUAGAAGUCUAGAAGUACAUUUCCUCCUCUGGAAGGACACAAUCUACUGCUAUAUGGUUAGCCUAUGUGGCUAAAGACAACUUGAUAUCGUGUGAUUGCACGUGAAUCCGCGGGUUCUUGUGAGUUCUCGCGAUUCCUGCUGUCCGUAAUCUGCCAUGACACUCACCUCACAAACGGAUCCGGUAGGAAUUGGUGGACGUCGAAAAUCGCUGCCGUUCUGGAUGUGGUGGAAAUCCUGGCUGAGCCUAUAGCAGGAUAACCAAGAGCCGGUCCAAGCCCAACUCUGCUACUUCAACCCUUAUUAAAAAGGAAAAGAGUAGUAGAGCGCUGAGAUCUCCUAAAGAUAUGACGCUCCCUGCUCAUUACCACUCUUCUCUAACCUGUCACCGCUCCACUGUGAACAAAACCACAUCACCACCCACUCAGACUUUUACGUCCAACCCCCCCGCAGAGACACGACCUGUCUGUUUACAGCCUCCUGUGUACGUCCCGGGUUUCACCUUGUGUCUACUUUCCAACCAGUCAAACUAUUUGGUUUCAGCUUUUCAAAGUAAAGCGUAAGUGAAGGCCUCAGGCCGGCUGGACUAAAUUGGAGCUAACGAACGCUGACCUCCACUCACACAUGCACACGUACACAAACAAGCACUUUUCCCCUCCACAGGUGUGCUUUCGCAGCCUGACGAGCCACUUCCUGGAAACUUUUUUUGAGCAGCAUUGAUGUUGGCAACUCAGAAAGGUGAGCAGGGCUUGAUGAGGGGAAAAAGCAGGGCGGGGGCCGGCAGGAUUUGCCUCCGCUGGCGUCAGCACAGAGACCCAGAAUAGAGGAAGAAAUUCACUCUGUGGUGGCGAAACAGGACCAACGCAAGGGCUGGAUGUCACAUUAUUCUGAGGUGUACUCAUGACACAUUUAAAGGGGGUGGAGAGCUGCUCCUAUUCACACUGAGGAUGUAUGCCAACUGCAGAGAGAUGUCCCAACACAACCUGCCUCUGUUAGACGCAGGCUGCUGACUCCCAGGGUCAUUUUUUUUAGGAAUGCAGGAAAAUGUGAGCCGAGUUCAGCUGCUGGAGUCGAAAAGUAAACAAAAUAAAGCCUCCAAAUUAAAAAUAAAGGAGUCAUCCGGAAACCCUUAAAAGGGUUGUUGUGUUGUGUUGUGUGGGGGCGCUUUCCAUGCAUGUGUGUGUGUGCAGCUGCAUGUGCGUGCGUGUGUGUAUGCAGAGCUGGCAUUGCUUAAUGGUUUGCACACGCAAAGCCCGAUGUAGGGGUUGCCAGGGAAACAGAGCAGCAUGAGUCUCGGUCUGCAGGUGCUGUUCCUCGUGUCCGACUGCUGGAAGCUCCUACGAGGGGGGAGGGAGGGAGGAGAGAAGGAGGAGUGAGGAGGGAGGAGAAGCUAACUGUUAAAAGAAGAGCUGGUACAGAAAUGCAGGAUGUGAUAAAAAGGGAAGUAAAGUUCAUCAUUGGACCUCAUUAAAUCAAAUAUGUCUUCAAAUAAGUGACGGGGUUGUUAAAAUUAAAAAGUUAAAUUAAAGCUCCUGUAAGAAACUUUUAGUAGGUGGUAAAAGUAACUGUAUGAAAUUGUCAAUUUUUGUCCCUUUUGUUUAGAUAUGCUUUUUUUAAUUAUAAAAAAGCAUUAAUUGAUUUUUAGUCUAUUUAUUUAAUAGGAAAAACUCCCAAUAGGAGCUUUAAACUGGAGAUUUAGCACCAGAGUUACAGUAAUUUUAUCUCACCAAGCUGGAUGAUUAUAAAUUGUUGUAGUGAUAUUUUAUCUUUGACCUUUUGACCUAUCUUUGCCAGGGUAAACAAAGAUUACAGCAGUACAAUUUGAAAAGGUUUUUGUUGUGUCUAACAUCAAAACAGAUUGAUUCAACUGAUCAUUUCCAUUCAAAGUGAUAAAACAAGUUUUAAAAUGAUUAAAAUCACACAAAUCUGAAGGAUAAUGUGAUGAUUCGGACUUUUGAUUUUAAGUAAAACAAAACAUUUAAAAAAGUUUUUUGGAAGUUUUGAGAGGAAUUUUUUUUGAGAAACUUGUUUUUUGAAGCUUCUGUGAGUUUUUUACACAAAGUAGAAUAAAAUCUAUAUUAAUACUUCUUCAUGAUACUUUAAAACAAAUAAGACCAUCAUUCUGUUAUUUUUAUAUUAUAUUUUUUGUAAAUGUUGUGAGAGGGUCGGUUCAGUUACAGAACAGACUUCGUUACUUGUCCUCAGCAAAUAUUGAAAAUGAGUGACGAAUUUUUGGUUCAUUAAUGCCACUUUUGUCAGAACGGAAUAUAUCAGCUACGAUAAAACGAUUAUCACUUUGUCCAGAGGGGGCGCCAAAACCAACACAGACAGAAAGUUACUGACAGGAGCUUUAAAUAUUCUGAUCAGGGCAAAAAAAAAAAGUUCAAUUUUUUGUGCUGGGGACCAAACUUAUCAAAAAAACUAACAUAAAGCACUUUAAAACAUCUAAGUUAAUGUCAAAUACGUAAGGAAAAUAUCAAACUUUUUCAUAAUAUUCAAAAGUUUUGGAGAUGCACCUCCACACUAAAAGCUUUUUUAGGGGAAAAAACACUUAAAGUCGAGAGGAGGUAGAAAGUUCAAUGGAAGAAAGUGGGGUGAAAGAACUGCUGAGUGUUUCACUGUUGAUUCUCCUCCUGUCUUAAAAAUGACACAUCCGAGUAACACUCAGACUUUUCUGAGUAUAAAACCAGCCUCUCAUCCCACCUCCUGAUCCAGUUUCCAGCCUUCGUCUGCCUGUCUGGUCCAGUCAGGUCAUGCAUAGAUUCAGCAGGCCUUGCAGAGAGCUUUAUUUAUUUAUUCGUACAGUUUUGCUGCAACAACAUCAUAGAUUGUAAUUAAUUCAAUAUAAGCUGUUUAAUUCUGCUCACUGCAUCUGGGAUUUGACAUAAAGUGUAUAAAUUAUCAUUCAGCUGUAGUUUUUUUAGCCUUUGGUAGACCUUGACCUGAAGUCGUCCGCUGCUGCCGUGGCGACCAGAUGUUGAGGAUGAGGGGGGGGGGGGCAGGUGGGCAGGCGUGAGGAGGAAGAGGCGAGCUGUACAGUUUUCUUAAGGUCAGGCAGUACGUGGGCUGUAUUUAUCAACACUGACACUCGCUGUUUCUCUGCUGCUGCUGAUGCUGCUGCUGCGUGGGACGUCUGACAUCAUCGCAGCAGCACGGCGGCCAAUCAGAGCGCAGCUGUGAGUCACAUGCACAAGCCCGGGGGAUGACUUACUAACAGUGGAGCCGCAUGGGAAUGGAGGCAGUUUGAUUCGCUCGCAGGCGUCAAAAAGAAGCAGCAACAGCAGCAGCAGUGACUCCUGACAACAAAAACUCCUGAAGACGUGUCGCCUCGCCUCGCCGUCUUGAAAACCUCCACACGACAAUCCUCCGCUCCGUUACAGAUGCUCCUCUCCUGUCCUCUGAAGACUUUUUGUUGUUCCUCCUCCUGAACACUUAGAGAUGUUUGAGAGCAGUUUGAAGAGAUUAGAGAAAAUUGCAGUUCGUCUUUUGUUGUGUGAAGUGAACCAUUACCCGCUCUGUUUGUUGAUGCAGCACUGCUGAGACAAUGGAUCCUGAUGGAGCUGCUGCUAAAACCUCGACUUCACUCUCCUGAAAUCAAAUUAGUUGUUAUUCUAGGACGCUUAAGAAAUGUUGGUACACCGUUUUUUUUCUGGCAGUGAGAGUUUUCGGGCUCAGGAUGACGGAAAAUAAAGGAGUGGAGGAUUUCUUUCUUUAUGUAAAAUAUUGCAGAGUAAAGUUGAGGAAACUUUUCUGAUUUAUGUUGGAGCAUUGGACGAUAACUACUCCACAAGCUGCUCACCCCCCUCCCACAUUAACUUCGUCUACUUCAGCCGCUACAACUUUUGAACUGUCCUCCAUCUCCUCACCUGUCUCUGACGUAGGACAGCGUCUUAAAGGGACAUGAGACUAUAGCCUACCUACACACAUCCAACACCAACUUUUAUUUAUUUACUUUUUAUGACACCAAAUUUAUUGACAUGUGCAAAAUGAUGUCAGUUAUCGUCGUAAAUUUCGGUAUUGGUUAAUUUUCGGCUUGUCGCCCAGCCCUACCACAGGCUGAGCUCAACUACCCCAGUAGAAACUAGCAAAACUGUGAAAACAGCUGUACCACACUGAACUACACGGGUGCAUAAAAACUGCACAUUGCUGAACUCACAAAGACUUUUUCCAUUAUUGAAUAAACUGUCUCUUAUCGUGCAGCUUUCAUCCUGAAUUUUACAGUAAACUUAUUUUUUGGACACUGGAAAUAUUGACAUGGACAAAAUGAUGCCGGUUAUUGUCGUAAAUUUCAUAGGCGGUAAAUUUUCGGUUUAUCACCCAGCCCUAGUCCAACCUGCUCUCCUUUUAUUGGUAUAAGCAUCAGCUGUUGAAAAACUGUACUCGGUCAACCACUAAUAAGGAUGACCCCUGGACACCUCCCAGUGGAGGUGUUAAAGGAGACCUCAAGGUAGGCCCAGAUCUCACUAAAGGGAUUACAUGUCCCAUCUAGCCUGGGAGCUCCUAAGGAUCCCACAUGAAGAGAUGGGAAGGGUUCACAGUCAGAGGGAGUUCUGGUUAACUUGCUGGGACUGCUUCCCUUUGACCUGAUCCAGGGUAAGCAGGAGAAAACAAGUGGAUGGAAGAUGCUAACUUGUCUAAAAUUACAUGCACUGAUAUUUAGGGCUGCAACUGAAGGUUCACAAACACGUGAGAGAAAAGUUAAAGUCCUUCGUCUCCUCUUCUUUCCGCUCUUCUGAAAACUUUGCUCCGAGUUGGAGACAGAGGAACGAUGAAUCACAGAUGAUUUCUUCGAACAAGAAAAUAAUCUUCCUCUUAUCAGUUUUUAUUUUUGUUGAGUGAACCACAUUCAGACCGAACCGUACUCAGAUGUUAUGUGACUAAACUCUGGUCUUUCUGGACGAAGAACAGUUGCAGAAGCGUCUAACUUGAGCUCAUCACGGUUUUGAUGACCUCCUGUAAUGUUUCUCUCGGUCUCCGAGGUCGAACAUUGUCCAGUCAGCAGAGAGCAGGAUGCUGAAUAACAAGGUCGACUGCUUCAUAACUCUGACUGUGGGCGUUUAACUGGAAUCAGAGGAGCUUUUACAUGCAUGCAAACCUCUUCCCUCUGUACGAGCGCCGCCUCGUCUCUUCAUUCAUGAACUCACCGUUUGUUUCAGCUCACUGCCAUCAGCACAAAACGUGAUGCUCUGCCUGCGUGUUUGAGCGUUCAUAAGGUAUCCACUGUGGCGAGGAUGUGGAGGAGGAGGAAGAGUUUGCCCUGAAGUGAUUGUCAGCGUCAGGAGGAAGAGGAGGGGGGAGAAGGUUGGGUGUUUGUCCUGCUCUGCUUAGACUCCAGCGAGGUCCAGGGGGUCAAUGGAGAUGAUUGAAAGCCUCCAAACAAUGUGUGAGUCAUCAGGGAGGGUGAGGGGGGUCAGGUCAGUACUUAAAGACGUACACACAGGCGUGAGGUCGAUACUGUACGCACACACACACACACAGACAUACACACACAGAUACACAAAGCGAGGUCAGGAGGUUGUCAGCUGAUUUCGGCUGCAUUGACAGCUGAGAAAAAAACGAGGUGUUGCACAAAAACACGUCACUGUAAGAGUGAUUUAUCUGUAACCAGGGAAAGGAAAACCUUUGUUACGGGGAGCAGAAUACAAAGAUUCAGUUACUGUUUAAAUAGUGACAUUUUGUAAAGAUUCAGCUCAUUUUUCUCACAUUUAGUUUGUUUUUCUUUCAUUUGAGACCGAGAUUCAAGUAAAACAACAUGUUUAUUUUAACUGGUAAAAAGUGUAGACAUGAAAAAUAAAUCUAAUUUUAAAUCUUAAUGUUAAAUGUAAAUCUUAAUCCUAAAUCUAAAUGUUCAAUAUAUAUCUAAUUUCUAGAUUUUGAUUUAGGAUUUAUGUUUAUAUUUAACAUUUAGAUUCAGAUUUAGAUCUAUUUUCAUGUCUACACAUUUUUAACAAAUAAAAUAAACAUGUUGUUUUACUUGAAUCUCGGUCUCAAAUGAAAGAAAAACAAACUAAAUGUGAGAAAAAUGAGCUAAAUCCUCACAAAAUGUCACCUUUUAAACAGUGACUGAAUUUUUACAUUUGGCGCCCCAUAAAAACAUUUUCACAGGAUAAUAGUCUCUUUAAAAGUUUUUCAUAGACACAAUGAUAAAAAAAAAUGAUUAAAGAUGAAUCUUAGUUCAUUGUUAAUACUGACAGGUAUCAUUUUAACACAGUUUAGUUUUAUAUUAACUUCAGUGUUAUUCAACUUGAAAUGUGAAUGUUUCGACAAUCGUAGUUGGUACAAGUUUGUUUGUUUAAGUCACUUUUGGGGGAUUUUUUUGUGCUAAAGAAGGACAAGAAAUGUGGGAAGUAGAGGGCAAGAGAAGACAUGCAGCCGAGGACUGAGGAUAGGAGUCAAACCAGCAACUGCAACUGAGAUUAGGGCUGUAACCUUUGGAUAAGAGGCCCAACCUGAAACUGCUGAACUGGGGUCCCAACACUUUUUCCAAAAAAAGGCAAAACUUGACAAUCAUUAGAGCCCAUUAAAAAAAAAAAAAAGGAAAAAUUGAAAGUAGGUUAAAAGCCAGACAAAAGAAAAAGUAAAAGUUAAAAAACAAAGUUGUUGAAAACUGAGUAAAAGUGAAAGUUUUUCAACAUCUUAAACAUGUUUUUACUCAGAUUUCAAAACUCAAAGUACACACACUUAAAAACACCUAAACGUCACUUUUAAUAUUAUUGUAUUAUAUAUGAUUUUACUAUCAAUUGUCCUUAGUGUCUAAUUGAUUAGGUAGCUGUGAAUUUUUCCAAUCCCUUUUAUUUUAAAGAUCUUCAAACAUAUACAACCAGACACAAUCGUAACAGGAACAUCCCUCCCACCCUGAGCUUCAUGAGGAAAACUUAGAUCCUGUUAUUUCAGAUACUUCAGUCUCCAAAUGCACCUUAAAUUUGAUCAUAAUUCAACCUGCACAGACGUCCCUGAGAAAGUCAAAUCUGCUCAGCCUGUUUUCUGUCUGUUUUUGGCUGAUUUGUUGGAAAAGGAGGAUGAAGUUUCAUUUAUCGGAGUGUUAAAAAAAAGCUCCCAAAGUCUUGAAACCAACUUGGUGAACCCUGCAGAAAGUCACUGAUUAAUUCACAAAGAGGAAACUUGUGCUCUGUUCCCUUCACUGAGGUCAGGCGCUCAUCUAAAGCUUUUGUACGAGUUAUUGAGUCAGCUAUUGACGGGUCAGCUGACUGCAGAAAAGACGCCUUUUUCAUUUCUCAAACAUGAAGGAGCUCAGACGUCCUGAACGAAGAUAAACGUCUCUUAAAAAAUGAGUGGAGGAGGAAAUGAAAAAGAGAUGAAAAAAGGGGUGAGGAAGGAGAAGGGUUACAAGUGUGAAAGAGCGCGUGAUUAAAACAGAGACUGAUGUGGGGUUAAGGGUGGUAAAGGGGAAAAUGUAAAGAGGGUUAAUAAAGAAGCUGUGAAAAUAUGUGUGAGAGGAAGGAGGAGGAGGAGGAGGAGGAGGAGGAGGAGGAAGGGGUGCUCGCCUGCUGGCAAAGCUUCAUCCUCUUGCGUAACACGGGCCGUCUCUUCCUUUAGCCGCUGUUGCCAUGGGGAGAGAUGUUGGGAGGGGGGGUUUCUGAGCCCCUGAUGGGAGAGACUCGGGGGAAUUCUGAGCUGCGACUUCCCUCCUCUAACGAGGCAGAGCUGCAGGAGGAAGGUGGAUUUAAAAAUCCUCCGGUUGUAUUUUUAGACCUCACACUCUGGAUGAUUUCUGUUAGAGCACUACGCAAGAAUGCCAGCCGCCCCCGGACCAAAAACAAGUACGCUGCUUCCAUGAGAGACUGUGCGUGCGUGUGUGUGUUUGUACACCUUGUAUAUUUAUGUGUGUGUGUGUGGGAACCUGCAGGGCAUCGAUGUGUGACUCAGUCUCGGGUUCAGGUGUGCCUUGUAAAAUGAAAUUCAGGCAUUUUUUUGUAUAACGAAGAUUGUGUUUUUUCCAUGUGAACAGCAUGACUAACAGUGAGUCUCUGCAGGGUGUGCAGGUGUUCCUGCUGUCACAUCUUUGUGUGUCUGAUGGCGUGUGAUUGUGAUUGUGAGUGUGUGUGUGUGUUAAGAGCAAACAUGCAAAAUAAUCUGAAGAGUCAUCGAUGGAAAAAUAUAUUCAGGAGGAGAGAAACUGGAAUAAAUAGAGAUUUAAUCGUCAUUCUGUGAAAGAAGACACGUGAAGUAAACAAACAGUAUUUCCUGAUUCAGCACGGUUGCGUCUUACCUGUUGGAUGGAGGCCGGGCUUUAAUGGCCGUGCUUUCACACUAUUUCUACACAGUCAAAUGACACUCCAGCAAUCACCUACCCACUUACUCAUCGGUGCCAAUUUAACGGUCAUAUAUAUAAAAAAAACAGCUCUUCAGAUUUAGUUUGGAUUCAGGAAAAACAGGCGCUGAGUAAAACUUGACAAACCUCUUCAUGGAUGUUCGAGGGGCUUAAAGCUUUACUCACUCUUCAGUUUCGUUUUGAGCCGUUUGUGUUAAACAUCAGUCAACUAUGUGAGCACCCAAGGGUGACACACACUCACAUCUUAAAUAUUUAACACGAUCUGAAUGUUCCUGUUUGGAUCGCUCUGCCUGUAGAGCACCAUAGAUUUUUUUGAACUAUAGUUGUUUAAUAAUUUGGGAAAAUGAUGCAACAACCAUCAUUAUCUUCACCCUUGUUACAAAAUGACACAUUUCCUGGACUUUUACACCGAACAGACGUUUGACUGAGCGAGUCUAAAAGCACAAUUUCUCCAACAUGGCUCCAGAAUCUGCAGGUAGACAGUGUUUCAUUGGUUUGAUGAAGUGAACUAUAGCAGAGCUAGCACCGGCGGCCUUUGCUGGUAACGUCCACAUGUCUUUGCUUGUAAUGCAUCGCUUUGGUUUUACACCAGUUCAACAAUCUCAUUAAUCCAGUUAAUGCUAUGUAAGGUUGAAAUUGUAUAUGAAACACCAUGGAGAUGUGUCUGUUUUUACUAGUGUCUUAUUGUCACGGGUACCAGCUCUGUUAUGUACCCCUUGGGUCUUUGCUGAUGCUCUCCCCAGCUUGUUUUUUCAUGUAUCCACCUAAAAGCGUGGAGGUGUGCUCUUCCUGCUGCAGGCAAACUUACCCCCAGUUUCAACCGCAUCUGGAAUGGCGGCGAAGAGGUCGAAUGCACCGAUAGUAGCCGUUCAAGUUAAUGUGUCAAUUUGUGUCAAUUUAUGUGUCAAUUUCCACCGGCUUCUCUCCGUUCUGUUGCGGUUCAGCGGACUCUGCAGCUGAUCGGCAGGAUUCUCUUUUUCCCGGACGCCGCAGCAUGCCGCAUAAAUUCAGCACAGAUUAACCCGUGUUGGAAAGGAAGUCGGACACAGACAAAAAAAUACAACAUCUGUCUUUUUUCAAAACAAAACGCUACAUGUUUCAGGCGGAUUGUAUUUCACACCAUGCAAACGGGCGGAGACGAAGAAGUGAAAGAUAUUCAGACACCAUGAAUGAGGAGAUGCUGAGGUGGAUUACCUCCUCUGGCAAGACAAUCUACUGCUUAUAUGGUUAUGUGUCUGUCUUUAUAGAGACGACUCAUUAUCGCACGAUUGCAUGUGAAUCCGCAGGUUCUUGUGAGUUCUCUUGAUUCCCGCUGUCUGAAAUCGUCACGAAAUUCGCCUCACAAAUGCAUCCAGCAGGAAUUGGCGUAUUGGUAAAAAAUUGUUGCCGUUCAGCAGCGGAAAUUUGGGGUUACAUGGAAGAGCAGGGAGCCACACAGCCAAAUAUAACCACUGCAUGCAAAUAAUGAAUCCUCCUAAAGUAGCUAUGAGUGAAAAAACGCUUCUGCUAUGGCCACAGGGGGCGCUAAAAUCGACUUAAAAAGUUGCACAGAGAGGGUUUAAAUUGAUUCCUGCAGAGACGGUCGCAGCAGAAGAUGCUAAAUAUAAGUACGGUCUCUCGCCUGCGUGGUGUUAAGGAGGCGUUGCGUCCAGUUUAACCCCGUGUUUACUGACAGCACCCUUCAAGGUCUGCAGAUAUUAGCGCCUUUAUUAGCCUCCGUUUGUGGCGGAUGUCCCCACCGCUGCUCGCCUGAACACACAGAUCAAUGCACAGCACGGAUAGAGGAGUAUUUAUAGCCCGUGAGGGGGCGUGGGAGGUUGUGCGCCACAAGUGGGUUAGCUGCUAAUCUGAUGUUGACACUGUGUGUGUAUGUGACCGGAGGAAUUAGAGCUGGUGUUGUUUUUACAUCCUCCAUCCUGCUUUGUUUUGCUUAUUUUUUCUCAUCAAAAGAUAACACUCUGCUGCUCAGAUCAGGGAAGUUAACGCUCAGGCAGGCAGGGAGGGCUUUCCCUGAUUUAGUGUUGGGAUUUAAAAAAAGAAAGACAAGGAGGGAGGAGAAGAAGAAGAAGAAGGGAGAGGAGGAGGGAGGGAGGGAGGAGGAACACAAAGGCAGGCAGGCAGGCAGGGAGGGAGGAGGAAGAAGCGUGGUUGCUACACUGACACAGUGGAGGAAGCAGGCAGAAGUGAGAAGUGAAAGCUCUCGGCACAGAAACACAGCUGUGCGUUAGAGUGUGAGAACAGACAGACAGACGAGACAGACAGACGCACGCCGCUCUGCUCUGCGUUGGCAUUUUUUGUUUUCUUUCAGUUCUUUGCGGGAGACAGAGAGAGCGAGAGAGAGAGAGAGAGGUAGAGAGAGAGGCUGAGGAAUGUCAGCGGUUAUUGGUUGGGGAAGUGUCUGUCUGUCUGGGUCGGGAAUGUCAGGUGUUCCCCCGUGAGGGAGACUGACUCCAGGAGGGGAAAAUCAGCCGGCAGCCACUCUCUGAGAAGAGAGUCGACUUUUCUCUGGUGCACUUCUUCUUCCUCCUAGACAGGUACAGUGUGACACAGAGUGAGCGCUCCUCUUUGUGCUCAUCAGUUUGUGUUUUAUUCUCUCUCUCUGUCGGCUGAGUUUGAAACUCUGGCUUUGUCUCCUUCUUUCUCUGCAGUUCUUCUCACAGCAUUACAUCAUUUUAUGUUGCCUAAGUUUGGACUGUUUCCCUCACACUGAUUCCCUCUGUGGUGUGUAACACUGAUCGAUAGUUUUCUCUGAUGUUUGGGGUUGAAACUGUGUGUGGAUUUAUUAACCACAGAAGUUUUUGUUUCUCUUGACAAACUAGAACCAGAAUAUAUUUAGUCUGAUUGUUCAUAAUCCAAAAUAUCACAUUCAUUUCCUUCUUUUGUUUCUCACAAUUGCGUAAAAAUGAACCAUGAAAUAUUUGGCAUACUUGUUUGAAGACAUUUUAAUCAUUAAAUGUGGAACGACUCACUGAGAAAUCAAACUUUUAUCAGUUCAAACUUUGGUUUCAUUGAGAAACACGAGUUUCCAAGCAGCUCUUACUCAUCAGAUCUUGAUAAGUGUUUGAGUUGCUGAUGUUCCCUCGUCUUUCUACACUCCUGUGGUUAACCCCCACAUGAACUGGCACUCGCUCGCCUGCUGCAGCAUGUUGCUCUUCCUUGUCGUGGCGGCAGCAGCAGCAGCCGCUGGUGUCCAACAUGAGCAGUAGGACAGGAUAAGCCUGUGGACUGCAGCCGGGGAUGAGCUGUGCUGCAGUUAUGCAACAAGCACGCUCCAGAGAUAGAGCAGAGCUGAACUUACGCACUUCGUCUUCUUCUUCAUCCACACACUGUGAGAUCAUCAGACCCCCCCACCCCCCACAGUCCCACUGGGUUAGCCUGUGUGUGGAGAACAGAGGAGCUUGUUUUAGAGGAAAAAACCCUCUCAGAGGUCAGCUCCACCGCCUGAGCUCCUCACUGUCUGCACAGAACCUCUUCCUUUUUGUUAAUUGCUCUUCUUUGACGCUGUAAUUUCAUUACACUCCUUUAAAAGCAUCAUCAGAUUAAGUCGCUCGGAAACAUCCACCCCAGCAGCAAACGCGCUUAAUCCGCAGGUGUUUCCGGAUUUCCUCUGCGCUGUGUUUACUCACCGAGAGCUUGUCCAUUCACCUGUUUUUAUGGGAGUUUGCAAAUUGCCCCUUGUGAGGGAACCUGGCAAGUUUCAGCUCUGAGAAAUGGCUGUGGGCCUGUUGGUAAAAAACCAAAGUCAAAGCAGUUUAACAAAGUGACAGAAACACCAGCUUAAGUGUCUUCCACUUUGUUUUUAAGGUUUGUUCACUUUUUAUUGAAUUAGAUCACCUGGUUGUUGCUUCUUCUUCUGCAAAAUUUGGAUCGCACCUGACUGGGAAAGUAGCGCCAUCAGCUGUGCCUCCUGGGUAACCUGCUCCCAGAAAAUUUAUUAAAAGAGUUGCAUGACAGAGGAGAGGGAGAAAGAAGGAGGGUGAUGAUGAUGAUGGUGAUGGGAGGAGGAGGAGGACGAGGUGAAAUCGAGGAAUGAAAAAACCGAGGAAGAGGAGGAACAUAAAAAAAAGACAGUGAGGGAACGCCAUGUUGCUUGUGCCUGGUGCGGUUAUGUAACGUUACCUCCUGCCUACUGCUGAUGGCAGAGGAAAGCACAGAGAAACAGCAGUGAAUGGCAUGCAGGUGGGUGGCAACAACAACAUCAGAGGAAGAAGCAGCACCAGUAUUCAUCAGAGAGAGAGAGAGAGAGAGAGAGAAAAGUGCUUCUUUCUGCAAAUAAUCCAAGAGCCUAACCUGCUGUCGGUGACCUGAGUUUAUUUGGAUGAUCUUGUGUUUUUUAAAGCCUAAAUUAAAGGUUCAGCUCGUUUUAAAUAGCAGGUAAUGUUUCUUUUUUAAUUGUGUAGGUUAACUUCUGAGUGGAGCUAACGCUUCACUGCCUGUCGUACACACGGGUGACUGCGGCGACCGCUGCAGAGACAUGCCCCUCUGUGUUUACAUGUCGUACCAGUCGUGUAUACGGUGGUGUGAAUGUGCUAAAUGAGCUAUAAAGGCAGAUGGUUGUCUGCAGCGUUCACAGUGAGAGAGAGAGAGAGAGAGAGAGAGAGAGAGAGAGAGAGGUUCAGAGCAGCUGCAGGAGAGCGCAGUGGGAGUCUGUGGAGCCGGACACCGCUCCCUCAGGGCCCACUGACUGCACACUCCAACAACACACACACACGACUACACACACAGGCUAAUAACACACGACUUACACACUGUAACAACAGACUGUGACAGCACAUGACUACACACACACACAACUACACAUACAGUCUAACAAUACACAAUUGACAAACUGUAACAACACACUUAAUACACACACAGGCUAAGAACACUCAGUGAAAACACUGUAACAACAGCUUGUGACGACACACUCAACAAAACACAACUGCACACAGUCUAAUAACACACAACAACACAUGCAGUCUAACAAUACACAAUUGACAAACUGUAACAACACACUUACUACACACACAGGCUAAUAAUACACAGUUAAGACACUGUAACAACAGCCUGUGACAGCACACUGUAACAACACAUGACUACACACACACAACUACACAUACAGUCUAAUAACACACAACUACACACAGUCUAAUAACACACAACAACACACAGUCUAAUAACACACAACUACACACAGUCUAAUAACACAGAACAACACACACUAUAAUAACACACAACUACACACAGUCUAAUAACACACAACAACACACAAUCUUAUAACACACAACUACACACAAUCUAUCUACAGACUGUAACAAUUGACUGUGAUAGCAUAUGACUACACACACAAACAGAACUACACACACAGGCUAAUAACACACGACUAACACACUGUAACAACACAUGACUACACACACAGUCUAACAACACUCAACCCACACACAAACAACAUACUGUUACAACACAAACUACUAACACUGUGACUACACACUUAGAUGAUGCAUUGUCACAAUAAAAUGUAACACUGUGUUCAAACACUUUGUAACAGAACGUUGUAACAUCACAGUGGGUGUCAAAUAAUAACAAUAAUGUAAACAAACCACUGUGUGACAAAUUACUGUAAGUUAACAUUAAAACCAUAAAGUAACACAACAUUCAAUCAUCAUAUUGUAACACACCCACUAUGUUACAAUCACUGUAACACUGUAAAGUAUCGUUAUAUGGUGUAACAAUAAUGGUAGCAACAGUUAUACAGCUUAAUAAAUAUAAUAGAUAUUUAUUAGGUAACGCUUUCUUUUACGGUACACUUAUUACCAGGUAAUUAACAGGUAAUUACCUUGUAACAACAUGAAAAUAUCUGGUAAUUACAUAAUAACUACUAAGUCAAUACUGUCUAGCUACCAGGUAGGUCACCUUCCAUCAUCAUACAAAUUUGAAGCCCAAUUGCUCUGGUAUUUCCAGGAUUUUCUCCACUUCCUGGAACCACCACUUGUGCAGUAGCAUUGUACGCAUUCGGCGGGUGAGUCGCUGUGAUAACGCUCGGCUCAAACAGUGUAUUGCUACGCAAUCUUCACACACCCAUAGGCUGUAUCAAGUGUCAAUCAUAGAAAAUAAGAACCCCGAAUAGCUUUUGAAAAUGGAGCUGCACAGAAAAAAGAAAAGCUAGACAGUAUUGACUUAGUAGUUAUCAUGUAAUUACCAGAUAAUUUCAUGUCGUUACUAAGUAAUUACUUGUUAAUUACCUGGUAAUAAGUGUACCGUAAAAGAAAGGGUUACCAUUUAUUACGAUGACAACAUUAGAAUGAAAUGAUGUAAGCGGUGUAACUCCUCUUACAUCUUCAUCUCUUGACCUCAGCUUCACCUUUUUUUCUCACCUGGUUGGAGCUAACUUUGACCUGUGACCUGUAGGGCACCAAACAGCUGGACCACUUGGACCAGGAAUCCUUAAAGAGACACACGUACCAUAAAGGUUUCUCAGGGAAUCCCUGGGAAACACCCCGAGGCUUAAAAAACUUCACUUCGUGUUUUUUCUGUAAAAGUGGAAAAAGUGUAACAGUGCAGUGUAACAAUACACUAUGAAGUCAGUGUAACAACAGAGAGUAACAUGACAUUACAACACUUUUCAAUCAACAACACACCAUGUAGCAGAGAUGUACUUUAAAAUCACCGUGUAUGACAGACAGACAGAGAAAUAAUUCACAUUUUUUACAACAUAUGCACAGACUAAACAAAACAACACACUUAAAUCACUAUCAAACUGCAACACAACACAAAGACAGGAAAAUCACUGCUGCUGAUUUAUGUGUAAAUAUGAUUCAGGCUGGGAGAAGAUCAAGUGUUUACUCAACAAAGAGGAAAAGAGACGCGUUUGAAUUAAAAGCUACUGUGCUGCUGCUAACGUGUGUCACAUGUUUCCAAUAGACGACAACAGUUCACAUGCAUAUGCAGUGAUCACAGCAGCCCUCAUUAACAUGGAGGAGAGUGUGAUGGUUGAGAGACGGGCCUUGUUUUCACUCGAAAGGGCAGAAAGGAGGGAGGAGGAGCAGGAGGAGGAAGGAGGGAGAGAAUAGGUGAGAGGUAGCCAACGCACAAGAGCUGAGCCUCAGCGGGAUCCCACUGCUGUUUGGUAACGUGAUCAAUGACCUUGCGUAGCGUUUAGAUCCUUGUGUCCCGUACAGGCUCACAGCCUCUUGGUCACGCCCACUGCCUCCCACUGCAGAUCUCAUUAAGAGUUGUCUCUUUUCCUAGAAGGAUUUAAUAGUCUCUCCUCUCUAGCAAGGAUGUCCCUGUGAUUACAGAUGGAGACACAAGAGCAACAUCUGCCGAGCGGAAGACACUUGUUGCUGGAAUUGUGUUUGAGUUAUAAGUCUCAUCCUUUGAGGAUUUGUUCAGUAAAAGAAAACAAAAGAUUGUCUGAAUUGCUGGACAAAAUAGUUUGGUCUUUAGUGAAACAAUUCACUGAGCCAUAAUCCUACUUGAGUAAAAGUACAUAAAAACGGAAAUUUACGGUAAAAAUCAGGAUUAAAGCUGCACCAUUACCCCCAAUUUCCACUGCAACCGGCUUUGAAAAGGCCGUAUCCACUGAUCGUAGCUGAUCGUAACCAUUCAAGUUAAUGUGUCAAUUUCCUCCGUCUUCUUUCCGAUCCGCUGCAGCUCGCCGGACUUCGCAGCUGAGCGUAAGACUUCUAUUUUUUACGGACGCCGGAGCAUGCCAGAUAAAUUCAGCACAGAUUAACCCGUGCUGGAAAGGAAGUCGGGCACAGACACAAAAUAAAACGUCUGGCGUCUUCUUUUAAAGUGGAUUUCCUCCUCAGGAAGGACACAAUCUACUGCUUAUAUGGAUAUGUGGCUAAAGACAACUCGUUAUCGCGUGAUUGCACGUGAAUCCACAGGUUCUUGUGAGUUCUCGCGUUUCCCGCUGUCUGUAAUCCGCCAUGAUAUUCACCUCACAAACGGAUCCAGUAGGAAUUGGCGGAUGAUGAAAAUCACUGCCGUUCUGGAUCGGAGCUGCUCCAGGUGUGGUGGAAAUUUGGGAUCAGAGACAAUUUAUUCAAAUUUGGAAAAAGUCUUUGUGAGUUCAGCAAUGUGCAUUUUUCAUGCGCCCGUGUAGCUCUGUGUGUUACAGCUGUUUACCUUUGUACGAGGGUAAUUGAGCACAGCCUGUGGUGAGGUAUGGACCCUCUGCUUUUCCCUGUCCUUCUGGGUAAAAUCUAGCAACAUAAUUAAAGUCCUCUCUGCAAUUUAUACUGGUCACACUCAAAGUAUUUCUUACACAACAAAUGUGAUGUUAAAUGAAACAUGCUGAAGGCAAAUCUAAAAUAUAACAAGACCCCAUUGUCUUUAUAACAAGAGUCUCAGUUUGAAUCUGUAACACAACGUCUCUGUUAUAGAAGCUUAGAAAUGAUUUCCAUGUAAACUCAACGUGAAAUGUAACUAACAGCUGCAACAGCUGUCAGAUAUAUGAAAUGGAGUAGAAAUUUAAGUAGCAUAGAGAGGAAAUACUUGAGCAAAGUCAAACCGGCUCUUGAGCAAUCCUACAUUGACCACGCUGGUUUUAAAAAGUGGAGUCUGGCCCUCUGUCCUUGAUAAAAAUUUCAGCUAUUUUACCAUAAAGUUUGUUAUUUCAUAAGAAAAACAUGGUGUGAAUGUUGCUGUAUCCUUUCAAACUUUGCUAAAAGAGAGUUUAACAGAAAACGAUGUCCAGCACCAGUUACUGUGUUACUCGCCGGUCGUUCCCGGGUGGUUUUGGAGCGGUUUCAGUUGGUAUUCGGAGUAUGAAGGGGUCAGCGUGGGCGUCUGGUUUUCUGCGGAGAAAAUUUUGGCAACGGGAUCGGUUCAAUUGAUGGUUAUUUUUUGUCUGGGUGACUGCGAGGAUUCAAUUUCUGUGUGUUCCCCUGAUUAUGUGUGUGUUUGCCGACAUCUUUAACCUGAUGGACACCUGCCAUGCACACACACAAACACACACACACACACUCACUCACAGUGGGCUGGGCUUUAGAGGUUACUAGCUGGCUUACUUCAUUCAGGCUCUGUUGCAUUAUCACCAGCUCAGCUGUCAUUAGCUCAGAUGUUCCCACAGGGAUGAGACAGUUUGUCCUGCGUUGCUCUUACACACAUGAGUGUGUGUUUGCCUGAGUGAUCCGUCUUUGUGACAUUUUGAAGAACAGUACAGAUUCUGCGCUGCUAAGCCGCCUGAGUGACUCAAAGCUUAUUUUUGUUCCAGCCGGCCAACUCCAACUCCAUACUGUUGCUUUGGUCAGCCUAAUUACAGAGCGCUCUGUUGAUGCAGGAGUUUGGGACUCUUUAUCAUCUGUGCUUUUUGCAGUGACGCUGCAGAAACUGCUCGGUUACACUGUUUGUUGUUCUAGCCCUGAGAAAAUAUUUGUCUGAUUUUCUGAACCUCUUCUGCGGCCAAACUGUAAAACCCAAAGAAUUCCCCAUAAUGAUGAAGCCAAAAAUAGGCGCAGGGAGCUUCCUCUUUGUUCCAAACAAAAGUGCAGUGGAGGAAAAUGAGUCGUUAAACGAGGAGUGAGAGUCAUCCAGGGAGAUGUUUCUGUCAUUUAACGCCCAGCUGCUCGAGUUUAUGUAACGCAGCAGGCCGAGCGCUCGUCUGCUGUCAGCCUGUCUGCCCUGAGCGGGGUGAAUCCCCUCCUUUAAAUAUCGACCCCGGUCCUUUCUACACACAUACACGCCGACCUGCAGGCCGCCACGGUCAGCUGACUGAGCUUCAACCAUUUAAUGUUGACUGUAAAGAUUCUCGUCUUCCUGCCAAUUUUUUUCUUCUUGAGUGAAAAAGAAAAACAGAUUCUGCUGAGUGUCUUUACAGCUCCUCAGUAUGGAAGUAAAUCUGAUUUUGAAUUGGAAUUUCUAAAACUGAAUUUUUUUUUAAUCAAAAUCCGACUUUGAAUUUCAAAACAUUUGUUUAGUGAAAACUCGACUUCAAAAAACUGUGUAAAAAAAUUCAACAUAAAACAAAAUUAAGUGUCAAAUAAUUCAGUGUCUGUCUCUUUUACACUGACUUUUUAAAAACUAAAUUAUUUGACACUUAAUUUUUUUAUGUUGAAUUUUUUUUACAAAAUUUUUUCAAGUCACAGAUAAUUUGAGAGACCGAUCUUUUUUAUAGUGAAUUUAUUUCAUCAUUGUAAAAAAAAAUGUUUCAGAAAUAAAAAUAUGUACUUGAAAUUUGAUGGUUUUGAAAUUCAAUGUCUGAUUUUGAUGCAAAAAAAAAAAUAGCUUUAGAAUUUCAAAUUCAAAAUCAGAUGGUACAGAUUUACUUCCAUACCUCAGCUACGAUAAACACCUCCAGUGUGUUUAUAAAGCGUGACGAGGAAACUUCUUAUCAGCUCACGUCAAUUUGAAACAGCAUCUGAAAUACAUUACCCAUGAUGCACUAUGUGAGUCUUGUCCAUUCACAGGAGGUCAAAUGAUACGACUCGUCUGAAGAGUAACCAAGGGAAAACCAAAGCUGCUGUAAAUAUUUAAAAAAGAGGAAGUUUUUCACACUGAAGGAACUUUUUCUUUUUUCUUGGUUUGUUGUGAAAAUCUGGAUUUUCUUUCUGCUUUGCUGCACAAUACAUGUAAACAAAUGAAUCAGAGGAGUUUCACUUACUUUUCUCCUACUUACAGCAACCACUUUUAACUCCACAACUUAAAUCGGAAGAAUAAAACUUUCUAUUUACUUGUUUUUUAAAUGAGUUAUGUUGCAGCGUACAUUUAAUAUUCAAAUGUAGUCGUUAAAUCUGCCGCACAAAGUUCUCCUAAAACUCUUUUCACUUCCAGACGAACUCGCCUCAAGAAUUUCAAUAAACAAUUUAACCCGGGGAAAAGUAAUAAAAGCAUAAUGCUGGAAACACUUGAAAUGUCAGGUCUACUCGAAGGCUGUCUGAGGAGACUCUAAAUGAAGCCCCGGUUUUUAUAUAACACACUCGGAGCAAACUGAAACCAAACGGCUGUUGUGGUGCAACCUCAUUGUUGAACAGGAACAGAAAGAGGAGCUGGAGGUAAAAAGAUUAGAUCUCGUCGGUAAACACCUCCUGACCCGGUGAGCGAGCUGUUGAGCAAUAACAAGUUGGCAGGGCACAUUAAAUUCCUCCGCCCCCACCCCAACACAAACACAGAGAGGGAGAGAGAGGAGGGAGAGAGGGAGGGAGGGAGGGAGAAGGAUCCCCUGGAGGGUGCCAAAGCCGGUUUAAGUGACGUCACUUGGCCCGGCUCUGUUAGGGCAGGCCCUCAGCCCUCCCUCCCCCCCCCCCUCUCUGUCUCACUUCCUGGGCCUUACAGGAAUUCCCCUCCUCGUCACAUUAUUCUGAGGAAACCGCUGGCCUCGCCCCGCGCUGCUGCACCGCCACAGCUGAUAGGGUGGAAACGCACACUUGUGACUGCUGGUGUUGACACAGGAGUAUGUGUGCACUUGUUGUUCUUUCUCCUUCUGCCUUUUGUUCGCCGACAAAGGAGUUUCUGAGUGUUUUCUGCACGAAACAUCAGCCAAGUCCGGGGUAAGAAGUGAACAUUCUGUCCUACAGACUGUUGUGAAACACUUAGACCAAGUUCUCGCAGCGAUAUGGUGCAAUAGUUAGACCUUAAAAGUGUCUGGGUAAACCGUGCUCAGUGAGACUGUAGUGUGUCAGUGUGAGAUUGAGGUCAGACUGUGAGUGCAGCUGCAGGUUUCUGUACUCUUUUCUUUGUACGUGGAGAACCUGAGCCACAGCUCUGCUUUCAUCAAACUGAGCACGACAGCUCUUGUCAAAGUGAAAGGCUCUGACAGGAAGCAGUCAGUGUGCUGUCACUCAGCGAACAACAAGUGGGCAGAGGGACAGUCGAGCUGGAGGGAUUCAACUGUUUGGAGAGUCUUUUAUUUCUUCUUUGACUCACUCUUGUUUGGUUCAGAACCUAAUAACUGAGGGUACUUCUGCUUUCGCUUUGACUCUGUGCGUCCUACAGGUCUGCUCUGUGAUACCACACUGAGGUCCGAGUCAUUGACUGUCUUUAGACGUCUGUAGGAGUGGAUGUAACAGAAGCUGUAUUUGUAAACAGAGUUGUCAAUUUAUAUAACAAUCAAGUCAAACCAGGGCUGUAAAUUUUUAUUCAAAAUUCAAACUUUAAUUCAGAUUUUGAGUUAAAGUUCAUAUUUCUUCAAACUCAAAACAAUAGAGUAUUCAGUAUAACAUGAAAUUGGCCAACCCAUGCACUCUAGACUGUAGAUAACUUCUACACUAGAAGACAAAAUAACAAAACAAAAAUAAAACACAAAGAUUAAACAAAUUUACGGGCUCGCCUAAUGGCUAACCACAAAAGUGGCAGAGGAAGAGGCGCUGCUGUUAAAGCCUCACUUAGAUAGUAAUAUUCGUACGUAUCUAAACAUGUGCAGGUCAGACGUUAAUAUUUUGAAAAACUGAAUUCAAACUAAACUUUUCUGAAAAAUUUAACACUUUGACAUAGACCAGCAUGAUAAAAGUGAAGUUUGAUGAUUAAAAUUUUACUGAAGAAAAAUGGUCUGAACAUGGAUUUAGGCUUUUGGGGUUUGACCCAUGUUCCAUCUGUUUACAUGGAGGGCUUUAGGCCCAUAAUGUAGACAUUAAGGGAGCUCUAGUGUUUGGCUUUACUUUUAUUGUUCCGUCAUGUCGUCCUUUUAUCUUCCCACUGAGCAACAGACGGCUAUUAGUUUUUUUAGACCUAAUUUCAACCGUCUAGAUUCUGUAUAUUUUUAGACGUUGCUCUUUAACCCAUUAUUCGAUAACUUUUUAUUUCAUAAAAGCAACUGUGAGUUGCAAAACUGAUCUCCAAGUACUUUACCAAAAUAAUUAUGAUAGCUGUUGAGCAAUAUACAGUGUAGUAUAGAUAUAGACCAGAUUUAGACUUUGUCUAAAUUCAGACUUUCAUUUUUAGACCUGUGGUAGCCUGAUUUUAGACCAGUCGUCUAGGCUACAUUUAGACGUCUAUUAGACCUCUUUUAGACUGAAAGGCUCAGUGGGUGACUGAUUGAAUUUGCGAUAAAGUUUGAUUUUUAAUUUGGUCAUUUUUAUUUCUGUGAGGUUGUAGCUGUUCUAUUUUAUUUUUUUGAUUUACUUAUUUUUUUGGUACAUAAAACAUCAGAGAAUAGUAAAAACUACAAAACAAGAACUCCAGCUGACACAUUUUAUAGCUACUGUAAGGAACUCUAUGUUUGUGUUUAUUUUGUCGCCCCCUGUGGUCAAAAAUGGUACUAAUAAUCUCUCCUCACAAGAGCUUCAAGUUUUACUUUGGCUGUUUUGUCAAUUGGCAUAUGUCAUUUCUAGCUGAGAGUUGCACAUCUGUAUAAAUAUAUCUACAUUUAUACUGUGUGGUUUCUACUCAGAUUGGCAUGAGGACAGUAAUCGUAACACCAAACUCCCACCUUAAAAAAAGUAGAUUCCAAAAUUUUGUAAAAACAAAAGAAGCAAAAUUUGUUAAAUUUCUGGUCCGUGUUUCUCAGUUUGCUGAGCUCUCUUGGUUCUGUGUCACUUGACUUGCUGAGUGGAUGAAGUUCGACAUUCAGCUUGUUUUAGCUCCACUCUGACCUCGGCAACAAAACGAAACAGUUGGUUUGAAAUUCAGCAGAAAGCCUCUCGCCUGCAGACGAUGACUGUUUCAUGUCUCAUGUUUCUUUUAAGGGCUGUCCUCAGACUCUUAAGGUGAAUCAGAAGACUUGUUAAAGUCUGUAAUGACGCUGAACGGAGUAUCGGGUUUUCUUCAGAACUGAUAAAACUGACGAAAUACCUGAAAGAUAAACAAUCAGUCUUAAAAGUACAUCACUUUUUCUUCUUUCUGGAUUUCUAGGAAGGGAAAACUUUGGUGAUUUAUACUUUUUUUGUGCUUUUGUGAGCAGCUUAAGCAAAAGACAAAUUCCCCAAGAAGAGACAUAUAUGCACCAUAUCAUAUCAGAUCGUAUUGUGUAAUUUUAAUAGUUUAUCUGUCUAUGUAGAGUUUGUGAUACUUCCUCCGUCUGGUGUGGAUUUACUGCCUUUCUUUGUCGUAUCUUGCUGUAAACUGAAUUUCUUUGGGUUUCAAACCUUCACUUUAGACCAAACAAGCACAAAGACUUCACCUUGAAUCCUCAUUAUCUUUAACUUUUUCCUUCAGCUGUUUGUAUUUUUACUCUUUUUAGACUCUAUCAGUGUCGCUCAGCCUCUCUGACAGCAAACUACAGUCUGUUUGUGACCUUUCAUAAUCCGUCACAGUCAGUUCGUACACUAAUACUGAGUCUAACCUCAGGAGGAGCGUGUCGCAGUAGUUGGUGUUACCUCAGUUUUAUAAGAUACUCUCUGUCGUUUCUUUUAAUUAUAUGAAUAAAACAAGUUUGGUUUAUUUUGGGGUUUUAUCCAGAGGCAAGUUGUAAAAAACGAAUCGUCUAGUAGUUCGGUGAAGGCCACAGCUUUAAACUCAGGAAUCUGAUUAUAGAGGAGCGCUGACCUGAAGGCAACAAGCACCUUCUAAGAUAAAAGGGAUGAUCUGCAAAUAUUGGGCGUCAUCUGCAAAUAUUUACUCUGGUUAAAUGUCUGGUGUAAUUGGUAACACAAAUGGGAACAUUUCCUCGCUCUCUCAUCUCUACCCCGGAGUGAUUUUUGUCCCAAUUUGGGUUUUGGAUGAUUUUUAUGAGGCUAGAGAUGCUAAAAAAGAAGGAAAGCUGAAUCUUGUGGCUCAUUUUUCUGCUUUUACAUCCAAGUUAAGAUCUCAAAACCUCUUUGUACUCGAUCUCCUGGCCUCAGCGUUGGUAAUUACUGAGGUUAGACAUUAGCUGAUAGGGAAAAAAGGUUAUUCCUCUACAUCCUGGAGAUAACAGGCUUUAGAUGGUUCUCCUGAUUUUGUUCGUGGUGUUUCUUGGCUCUGCUUUUCUGUUUUGUGUUUGGAGUCUGGCUCUGUUUUGUCUAUUUUGGUGCAGGCAGAUUCUUUUUGUUUUUGGGAGGGGGGGUAAGUGUGCGUGGUGUGAAAAAGACACAAGAGGCAAUAUUCAUGUUCAUCUCCCCGCCUGCACCAUUAAACCCCCCUCUACACGCACACACUAACGCACUCUCUGCUACCCACCCGGCAGAUUUCUCGUUAUAUCAAUUUUUCACAAGGGUGCCCACGCAGUCCCAAUAAUCAGUGGCCUCCAGUCUGCUGCUUCUUCCACCUACAGUUUCCUGCGGGGGCAGCAGCAGUACUGUACAGAAACUGCACCGAACCACUGUCUUUGUCUCUGUUUGUGUGUGUGUGUGUGUGUGUGUGCGCAGGAUGGAGGGUGUGAUCAAUAUUUCAUUGGUUGACUUGGUGUUUGCAGCCCCGUCACGAAUUACUGCGAGGAUGGAGGAAUAACUUUGCCUUUCAACACGCCCUGUAAUUACUGUUAUUAAUAUUCUCGCUAAUGUCUCCGAUCAUUCAGAUGAGUUCAUUCUCAUCCUGCUCGUUUUGUAUUUAUCGCUGCGCGUCUUUUCUUUCUUUAACAGUCAUACAUUAUUUACAGGAGGCUGCCCUGAAGCUGCGGUCAAUGCUUUAUAUUUUCACUCAUACCUGCCCCAUUAUUUAACGUACUCAGCCUCUCCUGAUGGAGGGUAAACAGCCCGACUCUCGCCUCCCUCCACAUUAAUGUUGAGCAGCUGAACUGCAGAGUGAGGCUGUUUUUUUUUAAUGUGCACCAAACACACCUUGGUUUUGUGUCUGUUUAUGACUAAGGCGAUGUUCACACUGCAGGUCAAUUCAGAUUUUUUAACCAUAUGUGACACAUAUCUGAUUUUUUCAUGUAAGUGUGAACAAUGCAAUUCUGAUUUGUAUGUGGAUAUAAAUCGGAUAUGUAUCCGAUGCAGUGUGGACGCUCAGGUGCGUUUGUCCGACCUAUACGUCAUCAAUAUGCGACAAACGUCACCAUUGUUCAACAACACAAACAGGCGCGGGGAAAGCAAUUUGUGCUUUGUGCGCAUGCGGGUCACCUCAUGGACGCAUUCCGUUCACUUUAGAUGUUGCAGUCGUAGUUGUAAUGUGAACGACUGCACUAAAAGAUCGGAUUUAACACAAAUUCGGAAUUGUGCAUCGUAACUUGCAGUGUGAACGUAGCCAAAGUGUUUGAUUCUUGAGCAGAUGUAUACAUCUUUAUGUCAGCACAUUUGCAAGAUACUAAUCCAAUCAUUAGCAUGAUCAAUUGGAUUGUAAAUUCAGAUCAUGCAAUGGCACAAAAGGGCUUUUAUUUUGAAAUACAUAUGAAACAAUCAGAUCCAUAAACACUGUCCUUAAGGGCCCGUGUCCACUAACUGAGGUCUCUGCAUUUGUAGCGCUUGUUUUCCAUACAAAAACAAAGAGCCUCACAGAUUUCAGAGCUGUGUGUUGUUAAUACACUAAGGGCCUGAUCUACUGAAGGUUUGCGUGUGCAAAGACACGUGCUGAUAGAGCACGCAAAAUCCUCGUUUGAAGAGGGCGGUCUGCACCACUUUUGCACCCGUAAAUCACCCGCAACAUGCCCACUAAUAGCGCGUCCAUUUUUUUAUUUUGCGCACGCAAUUUAGCGCUCACUAUUUUGGAUCUUGGUAAAUCAGGCCCUAAGUUCCCAAAACAACUUUUGUUGUUCUUUUGUGUUUUAAAAGUUUCAGCUGCUCAUAAUGUUAGCCAAAACACACUAGUUCGCAGUAUUAUAGUAAAUAUAUUUCGGUGUAAACAGUCCCCAAAGUCUUUUGUAUUUGCUUCUUUUGUGCAGGGUUCCUUCACAGUUGGAAUUUCCAUACCCUACCUUUCAGAAUUAUCUUUGGAAAUACCUACUUUUCUAGUUUAGAAAACAGUAUUUUUUUUUACUGUGGUAAUAGUCUGGAAACCUAAAUAUUUUUCCAUAGUUUAUUUUUUAUUUACCAUAAUUUUUAAGACCUGGAAAUUGAUCAAAUUACUCCCAUACUUUUCCAUACUUGCGUAGGAACCCUGUUUAUUGCUGCACACAGCGCUCUUCAACCUUUGACGCCCCACUACAAUCCCCAAUAACACUUCUUGCUAACCGACCAAUCAAGAUCAAGCAGGAGCAGGACUUUUCGAGGGUUAAAUUUCUCUAAUACACAACUCUUUUUCAUGGUUAGUCUUUGUAAAAUGUCCUUAAAUAGAAAACAAAUAAGAAGCAUAAAGAGCGAUUCAUAUCAGACUUUGCCGUCAGUAUUUGAGGAAGAAACAACCACAGUAACCUGGUAACAGUGAGCUCCAGGGGGGAAAUAAUCAGGAAGUGAGUUCACGGGCAACAACAACAACAACAGAGUAAAAAUGGACACAGGCCCUAACUUAUUUUUCAAAGCUCUUUAUAGACAAAUGUAUCAGGAGUGUCAGAGGGCGAUGCAGUUACAGUCACAGCUUUGGAGUCAUUUUUCAGCAGUGUGGGUGACAUUAUUUUGGUCCUGUGGUUUAAAAACUGGAACUGACACAUUGGUCAUUAUACAGGAAUAGUUCAGGAACCUUAAAAGAAAACAGCAUGACGUCAAUGAAGAAAAGGGUGAUUAUGUCUGCUUGAUUUUUGGACGAUUAAACUUCUGCUGUGAACAUAUUUCAGUUUUAUUCAUUUCUCACAUCCUCAUUCAUGAGUAUUAGUGUUUAAACUGGUUGUAAGUUCAUUCCAGUUCUGUCUGCUCAUCCCCAGGUCUCCAGGUUUUAUCUUUCGGUCAUCGUCUCGAUCUUUGUCCUUGAUUAGAUCCGAUAGAGAUCCCACUCUCACUCAGACUAACAUACACCGAGAGAGCAGAGUCACUUUGCACUCCCUCCUCCAGGCCAGCUGAUGAUGAUGAUGAUGAUGAUGGACUGCGGGGUAAUGGGACACUCUCGGUAUGUCGAGGGGAUUCCUCUGCUCCGCAUCAUCGACUCGUCUGCGAUUACUACACCAUACUUCCUGUAACACUCGCCCUCUUUAUGGGUCUGGGCUCUGCUUUCAGACCGGUUCAUCUCCCCGGAGGCCGUCUGGAGUCUCUUUGUCCGGGUGUGUCCGAGAAGAUAAAGAAUGUGUCAGAUGCUGACAGAAGCUCUUAUGGUCACUUAUUGUGCGGGUCAGCUGCUGAGGGCUGCAGAAACGCGAAGAAAGAGCUGAGAUCAGAUCGACAGACUUCCCUUAGAAAUGACGGGGAAAUCUGCAAACGGCGAGCUGUUGUUGUUGUUGUCGCAGUGAUUGGAGGAGACGUCUUUUGUUUAUUAAUAGUUACUGUCACAGCUGGAUGUUUAUUUAGAGAAUGAUUCUGAGCUUUGAUUCAUUUGUGAUAUAAAUUUCUAUCAUGAAGUAAGAAGUAGAGUAAAGCUUCUUCGAACGAGCAGAUUUUUGGCUUUUGUCGCUUUGAAAAUAACUUUUUUAUAAGAUUAAACUUCAAAGUUGCUGCUGAUAACUUUCCAUCGAUUAUGUAACCGAUGAGUAAACCAACGUUUUCAUCUCCUAAGUUGUUUUCAGUUCUCCAAAAAUCUGCCUCUUCUGUCUCUGAAUACUGGAAACGGUCUAAUUUUGGGCUGUUUAACUUCUAUUUUUACAUUCAUCAAUCUGCUGGUUUGAGUUUUGAGAAGUUCACACGACACUUAGACGGCUUCUUAAUUUAGUUGUAGUUAAAAAAAAAUCAAAUUAGACCUUACUCACUAUCUGAGGACCAGCGAGUACCGGUUUUUGCAGGAAAAAUGACUCUUUUCAGUUUUGAUUGACAGGCUCUGUGUGUUUUUAUUACAGCAGGGCUCAAAUAUCUCUCCCCCAGUCGUCAUCAUCAUGUGAGUGUGACCGACUGAAACUCAAAGAUUUUCCGUCUCUUCCUCACAGGACAAAGAAAAGCAACAAAUCCUUUUAAUCUCGGCGCUGGAACAAAUAAAUUAGCUCUGUUGUGGUUUGAGAAUGACUUUUAACAAUUGACUUAUCCACUUUAGUUUUCCGUCGUGUCGGUUUUGUUUACUGAAAAAUGUCCUUGUUAGUCAUUGUUCUAAGAAUGCAUCAGCCAGUGCGAGGGUGUGUUUGAUGUGUGUGUGUGUGUGUGUGUGUUAUCACGCAGCCGGGUGUGUACAGCAGGCUGGUGGAGGUGCUCGAGUUACAUAAUCUCGAUCUCCCUCCCGCACAGUGACAGGGAAGAAGGGGGCAGCUGCCGACUCCCAUCUCAUCAUCUCCAGCCCGCUGAGGCAUCUCGUCUUUCCUCUUCUCCUCUUCUUCCUUUUCUUUCCUCUCGAAAAACGCGGCGUCGGCUUCGCUUUGCUUGGCCGUGCCGUCCACAUCCAGCUGGCGAACUCGCUAUCGUCCAAAACAUCAAACCUCAAUCCUCCUGGCUGCUCCUCGCUUCGCAUAUCCAACUGUUACAUCAACCGCAUUCAUCACAGCUCGGCUCUAACGGGGGAACGAGUUCAACCUCGACCACUUACAACGCUAUCUGUCCAAACACAUUAAAUUUAGCGAGCUAAACUGCCUCCCCGCUCACCGAUCGGCCGCAUCAUCGCUGUUAGACGCCCCUCUGCCCACGCGCUGUCCUCCGCUGGCAUUGUUCAGCCUCGUUGCUGGUACACUGGCAUACUGUCACGCAUACUGAUGACACCUCAACCCUCACAGAUGCUGUUUUAGCAAAAACAGCCCGUCCUCCCUACCCUCUCGGACAUAUAUAUCUUUUAUGCUAGCGGGGGAAAAAGCAAGAGCCAACGCCGUCGGGGCCGUCGGGGCCGUCGGGGCCGUCGGGGCCGUCUGACCGCCGUGCAUAUGGACUCCAUGAAAAGCUGCCACUUUGCUGUUUGACGGCCGCUGUUUGGCAUGUUGAGGCCCAGCAGGGCAGGCUGUUGAGCAAAAUAUGAAUGUGUCUCGAGCUGGCAGUGAGAGGAGGAGGGGGUGUUGAGCUCUGUGGGUUUUUGUUGGUACACAGGAAGAGGAUGCUCGCAGUGGGAGACCACGCUUCCUUUUUUAACAAAUCAGACUAUUUAAGACCCGAUUUGACAAAAACACAUGAAAGAUGUGUGAUAGGUGAAAUACGAGAGGUGAACGGAGGUCAUGGUUGUGUUGUGAUGGUUGCUAUGUGGAGGAAGAGAGGUGAGAAAUCAAAGGGCCUAAAAUACUUUCAUUUAUUUUGUUAUUUUUCUUUAUUUUGUGCAUUUUGCGGGAUUUUUUUUAUUUAUACUGACAGGACAAAGACAGGAAAUACGAGAAAAGACAACAGCAGAGAGGUGGAGCUGGAACUUCACUUCUGCAACCAUAGCCUCUGUACAUGCGGCGCACCCUUAAACCACAACGCCAACUAGCGCCUCAUCUUAAUAUCUUUGUUUCUUUUAGGGGUGGGAGAAAAAAUAGAUUCACUUGAGUAUCGCAAUUUUUUUUUUUUCAUUUUUAAAUCCAUUUUUAUGUUGUCUUUUUUUUUUUUUUUUUCAGAUGUAAGAACAAAUCUUAAAAACUGACUUGCAUGUGACGUGUAUUUUUUGGGGAAAUAUGGUUCCUGGAAUAGUCAGUGGACAGUCAUAAUCAUUCAACUGUUUCACUGAUGUUAAAAAUCUAGACUAAAAAUCAAGAAAAUUGACAAUAUUCUAGAAUCGCAAUUGAAAUCGAAUUAGCAUCCUAAAGAUCGUAGAAGAAUCGAAUCAGGAGAAAAGCAUGUCGUCCCAGCCCUACAUUCUUUCUAACAAUCUGGACUCAUUAUUUAUGUUUCCUCACGAUUAAAAUCAAAGAAAGAUUGUUUCAGUGUUUUUUUUUUUAUUUCAAAUGUUUCUCAUGUCGAGUUUUCUGAUAUUCUGAUCACAUACUGUUCAUUGUUGGUGUGAGAAAACGUCCAAGAUGAGAGAAAACUAAACUAUUUGGAUAUUUAUUCCUCCUCGUAUUGAUUUUUAAUAUCAAAUGUGGCCUUUUUGAAGUUUUUUCAGUGUCAGUUUUGUUUGAUUGAAUCAUUUUUUGUCACUUGGAGGUAUUUAUAAGUGAGUCACACCCUCAUUGUUGUUGUAUGUUGGUUGCGUUUUUUGGUGGCCAAUGAGUUGGUAUGGGGCCCUAACUAUUACCCCCAAUUUCCACCACAUCCAGAAUGGCUCCGAUCCGGAACAGCAGUGAUUUUUGCUGUCCACCAAUUCCUACCUGAUCCAUUUUGAGACGAAAUUUGUGGCGGAUUUUUGACAGCGGGAAUCGCAAGAACUCACAAGAACCCGCGGAUUCACGUGUGAUGACGAGUUGUCUCUAUAAAGACAGCCACAGAGUCAUCGGCGGAUACGACCUCUUUGUAGCUGUUCUGGAUGCGUUGGAAAUUGGGGGUUAGAGUUCAGACGAGCUUUUAGUUGGACGUGCAGGAAAAGAUGGUAUCUGAGCAGCAGUUUGGGUUACCAGAGGAGAUAUUUGUUUUAUUUUAAGUUACAGCAAAGCUUUGGUGCAUACUUUCAUGAGUUGAAAUAUUAUUCGUUUCUUCUCUGAGGAUAGGUAAUUUAUCAUGUCAACACGAGAUAUUAAUGAGAAAUCCACGAAAAUGAGCUUUUUCAUGGGCUGUGCAUUCAGGUUUAUCUCCACUCUGAUUAGCAGGAUUUCUAAUUAAAUAAAAACGCCUCAUCAAGACACGUAUGAAAUCAAAAUUAAUGCUUUUUCAAUGCUUCCUGGGAUCUAAUUUCACACAAAUAAGGUUUAGUAAAUUCUCUGAGCGUGUUUAUAUCUGUAAUUAUCUGUCAGACACCUCAGCAGAGUUGAUUAAGUGCCAACCCUCUCGCUUAGAAACCCCCCAGAUAACGCAGGCUGUUAUAAAUCCACGUCAGGUGGGUGCGAGGAUUCGAAAGCAGGCACGUUUCCUGAGCGGUGACGUCACUUCGGUUCCCUCUGGACACAAAUAAUCACAUUAUCUCCUGAUCCUCAACAGCGCAGAGAGAGAGGGGAGUGGGCUGAAAGAUGCAUCGGCGAGGGGAGGGUAGCAUUAAAGGUUCGUGGUUGUCAUGACAGCGAGGAGAGAGACUCACUCCCUCGCCCACAAACUCCUGCCUAAUUGUCAUGCACCCACCCACUCCGGCCCCUCCCACCCCGCCUGAUCCUUGGAUAUCACGUUGCAUGGAUCAAAGAUCACGAGUCAGACACCUUGACACUUGAGGGGAGACCUGGAUCAGGAGCAGCGUUAGUAAGAGUUAUCAGGGAGGUCUGCUACAUGAUGAAGAAGAAGAGGAUGAAGGGUAGAACGGCUCAUUUUAGCUGCCUGUCAUCUUUAACAGCUGCAGAUCAAUGUCUGACAUGAUCUGAGUAAGAGGCGGUAUCUCAACCGCGUGUUUAAGUUGCAUCAGUGGAGUGUCCUGACUCACAUUCAGCUGAAUUAUUGAAGACAGGCCUAUAAUUCAGAUGCUUUUUGCUUACCAUGAAGCCUGCUUAAGCAAACAAAAGCCCCUCAGGCGAGUGCUUCAGUGUGUUUCGCUGAUUCGGACUAAUUUUUCAUGUCAUUUAUUGGUCGUGGGAGCUUUAACUCUGGCAAAAGGAAUUACAGUGUGACUUGUCUUGCAGUGGAGGAAUAUUCAGUAGGAGUGUGUGUGUGAGUGUGUGUGUGUGUGUGUGUGUGUGCACUCAGCAAAUUAUGUAAUUUUUUUUUUCCUCUGUUUUGUCGAAGACCGCACUUGUAAAUAGUUUAGUUGUGUUUACUGCCCUCAAACAGAGUUUUUCCUUCCUCCCUGCCCUCUAAUUUUUGUGGUCAUGUUUCAUUACGGGCUGUUUUUUCAGCACAUUUGUGUACAUGCCUUGGACUGUUUUCUAGUGGUUAAAGGACAAUUACACAGAUUACCGAUGAAAUGUGCAGCCUUCACCAGGACCACCUCAGCAACCCCAGCAGCUGUAAUGAGGGGAAUAUGAAGCGGCUUCUAAUCAUUCCCUGCUGUCUUAAUGACUCGGGCAUCGAGGACGGAAUUUUUUCUCUUUUUUGUUAUUUUGCAGUAAUGCUGCUUUGUCCUUUUCCACUCAUUUGGGCUGGCGUUUCCUCCUCUUUUCCGUGCUUGGGAGCUUUACUUCAUCAUGGGUGUCGCUCAGCAUGAGGGGUCUUGUUUGUGGCUUGUUAUGUAACAAGUGCAAUCUGAUCUAUAGCGGCUUACACGACCAUACAGAACCACUAAUAAGAUUUUUGUUGGGCAGUAAUCACCAAUGCUUCGGUUUUCCAGUGCGGUCUAAUAUAAGACAUAUGUAGCAGGCUGUGCAAACAAUGCCUGCAGAUAUCUACCUCGGUCUUCUGACCACAAGAAGAAGCUCUUAAUAUGUCAAAUUGGCGUGCGAAAACAGAGGAAGCUGCAAAGUUGAGCCGUGGUUGCCGUGAGGGAAGCUUCAGCAUCCUCUCAGUUUGGAGAAACACCGCAGCAGUGCCAGGAAAACACAGCCUACCUGAUUUUUUGGUAGGAGGACGAGGGCGUUCACAUGCUCAUAUUUAUGUAAAUAGACCAGACACGCACACACACACACACACACACACACACACCUCUCCCUCCUCUCUGUCUACCUUUCUCUCAGAGACACACACACACACACACACAAACAAACAGCGUGCCCGCUCCUCAUGAGCCUCGGUUGCUGUGUUUCUGCUGGCAGGGUGCCUUUGUUUUGCUUCACGGCAGCACAGGGGUGGGGACGCAUUAUGUAAUCUGUGGCGUGUGCCGGGGAUAUACACAGAAACAGAGAAAGAGAGAGAGAGAGAGAGAGGGAGAGAGGGAGGGAGAUGAGGAAGGGUGUGCCCACAGUAACACACACACACACAUUCACAGGAUGACAUAAUCUACUGACCUCUUCUGUGGCCCGCCCGUGUCCAACCCCCCUCCUCUGGUUAUUCCCGGCAUCGCUCUGUGAUUUUGGGAACCACAGAAGAACAUCCUCUUUCACCCUCCAUUAACAUUUGUGCAAUCUAGGACAGAAUUGUAACCGCUGGUCCUCGAGGACUCUUACUGCACUUUAAUGUCAUGCUCAGGGCACAGAAGCCUCAGAGGGGUGAUUUUUUUCCAUCUCGUCUCCAUCCUCCUCGGUCAUGGGAGGAAGAAACACGCUACACUACCUACUAGCGCUCUUAUUUUCUGCCUCUACAGACUCAUUGUUUCAGCUCGAGGAACACCUUGCUGUUUACUGCGAGCCGAACUAACAGAUGACUUAAGUUUACAGUAAACAAAGCUGUAUUGCAGCGAGCUUGGCAGAAUACAUCAGAAUAUGUUCCACAUAAUGGGAAAGCGCAGAGAGAGAGAAAGCAGCUGAUGGUGCGCCAGAUUUCCUCAAUGUAACAAGAAAAACAAACUGGCUCGUCUGGAGUUUGCAGAGAAACUAUCAUGUUUACACAAACGCAUUUUAAAGUUUGAGAAGAUCUCCCUCGUCUUCUGUUAUUCCUCGGUGUUUAACACAUUUACGCCACAUUAAGCGAGCGUAUAUAAUUAAUAAUGAUUACAGUAACGCACAGCGAGCGCUCCAUCGCCUCCCACACGUCCAUAUGGUCUCAAACAGGAACAGGUUCUCCACCUGUGGGAUUGUGGGUAAUGAUUGUGACGUAUAGACGACCCAAGUGGAAUUAAUUUGUCCUUCCCAGAGGGGUGUAAACAUUAUUUGAAUAUGCAGAUUGUUCUGGGGGUUGGCGCUCACUCGGUGAUAAUGAGAAUGAACCCACCAUAUUGACUUGUUUGCAAACUUUAACCUGCACAAACACUCAUCCACUCGCUGUUCCUUCUUUAAGUGGGUGCGCUCGCACGCUCGUGUUACCGUGUGUGCACUCAGGCUUGCCCCCUCCGUGAUUAAAGUAGUUUCCAUAAUGGAAUAGCGCGCGCUCUCUCAGCUAUGGAAGAAUAUCUGUUUUUCAUUUGAAAGACCUUCAUCCUGCUGCAGCCGUGUGGGAAGCAUCCCCAGUAUCAUUAGUUACAUUCUGCACUGGCUACACUGUGGAGCAAGAGUCUGCGUGCCUCUGUGCAGCACCGCUCUCCGUGCUGAUGAUGGUUUCUCCUCUUGUCUUGCAGAUAAAAUCGAAGAAGCACAGAAAGAACUAAAAGACCCCAAAGGCUCACAGAAAGGUAAGAGUGGAGAACUUUGAUUAUUAUUAUUUCUAAACCUUUUUUUUAUAUCCACCACCUGGGACUUUAAAAAGUAUAAAACUGAUUUAUUAAAAAUUGACAAAGCUUUCAAGCUCCGUCAUGUGGGAAAUAUCAAACAUCUCUGUAUCGUUUAAUCGUGUGUCUGAUAAUGUACCUGAUAUAUGAGGGAAGUUAAUAAUAUUUGGUUUCUAGGAGUAACAAUGGCAGACCCAGCUGUUGUGUAACAUCUGGAUUUUUGCAGCGCAUAUCGUUUCUGCAUCAGUAAAAUUCCUCGCAGUAUAAAAGUCAUAUUUGGCUCCUGCAUCAGUGAGUCAAUACUUAGUUGGAACAAACUUUGUCUUUAAUAUCCUCGACCAUGAAUGUGCUUUUGUGCAUCUGCAGUGUACUACAACUUAACACUGAGGUUCACAAAAAGGCAUGCACACUCAAAAUGAAUGCAUAAGUGUGUGUAAUUCCUAUAGGUGAGCAUUAAGUGAAGCUUUAGCAAUAACAUGCACUUUCUGUUUUGAGGUGGCUUCUUAUGUAAGCACACACUCGCACAGAGAGGCCGGUUUUAUCGAGCUGAAGCGUCUUCAUAGUCUUUGUUUAACAUAAGCUUACUCAUCACUGCGACAUUGUCUUUUUAAAAACACCCAGCUUACUUGCAGGACGUGCAGGCUUUGAUUGAAUCAUCCACUGUACUCGAGAAUGGGUGUAGACGCUAAACAGAUUGAGUACACUUAAGAAUAUCUCAAUCUCCCUCUCACAGUACAGCAGGUUCUGACGUCCUGUAGUGCUGGCCAGUCAAAGGUUAAUCUCACUGAGAACGGUCGUUUACAGACACUGAGUCUUAACCGGCCCUUUCACACUUUCCAUUAAACCACAGUAUUUUCUUCAUGAGAAAAAUCUGAUGGAACGGCAUCUGAUGAAACAAACAUGUCCAUAAUAUCGCUGCUAAUCCUGACAUAAAUCUUUCUUUUUCAAACCGAGCGAUUACAUUUGCAGCUCGGUGUUAAAGCUUAAGACAAAAAGGGACAAAUGUUGUGAAAGAGGUUUUUUUUCACAGCAGAAAAGCUCUGGUGAAGUCAUGGAAUCUCUUUGGCACACUUGUUUAAGAAGUGGGUAGGAAGAACUAAUCCUUUUCCAUGUCUUUCCACUGCACUUUACACAAUUAUUUCGUUUUUUUUAACUUAAUUUUUGGGCUUUAAUGCCUCGAAUAAGAGGACAAGACUGUGGACAGUGUAGGUAACUGAAGACUUCACAGGUUAGAUGAGACCGGGCAGCCUGCUUUGAUAACCUCUGUAUGAGGGGUGCACAGAGCAGGCCAAACCUGAGCUCCCUGUUUAUUUGUUCUAAUCAAGAAGUCAUCCAGAUUGAAGUUUAAAUAAAUAACAGGGUUUGCUUUGAGAGAGUACAACAUUGCUCGCUUGUUUGUUGCUUUAAAUAUUCCUUGCAUGUUUGUGUAGUGAAUGGAUUAAGUUUUGAAAAGAAGAGGCCCUCCUCAAUCUAAUUAUGCCUGAGUCCUUGAAGGAACCCUGACCUCAUCUUGGGAAAUACCUACAUAAGCCAGGAAACUGUGACAGGGCACUGGUAACCUUAUGCAACAUGUCCUUAAAAACACUUGGCUCAAUCACAACAGAAGAGCCAACUAAACAAAUAUGGGGCAAACACUGUAAGGGUGUGCCUCGGUGAAACAGUUUUGAUUCAGAACUGGAAUGUAGUUUCUCAUCAUUGACCUGUGUGUAACUUUUCUGAUCGGCCCAACCUUUAUAAAACCGAUACUGCAAACAGAAAAAAGGGAAAAAGGAUCACUGCUUUAUGUAAUGAAGCGUGGGCCUCUUCGGUGUUAGUCACACAGAAGACAGAUAAAAGUAAGGGUGACGUGUCUAUAUUAUGGGAAACAUCUCCACUCAGUGUCAGCAAAUAGAGACAAUCAAACUGAUUCAACUGAGAGGAAAGGUAUUUAAGUGUUAGAAUUAAGAAAAUGUAAGUAACCAUUCUUUGAUAAUGACCUAAUAGUAUGUUUUAUGUAACAUCAAUGAUCAUACUUAUGAGUUGUUUUUUUUUUUCCUUUUUUUUGAUAUAUUUUUAUCAUCAUUUACUAUGAUAUUUUUAAAAUACUAUAAUAUGACAUUUUAUUAUACUUAACCAUAAUUUUUUAACACACUAUACUUUGACAUUAUCUAUCAGACUAUAGUAUCACAUUUUAUCAUUAUUAACUGUGAUACUUUUAUCAUACUUUACUAAGAUAUUUUAUCAUACAAUACAGUGACCUUUUUGUCAUACCAUACAAUGACAUUUUUAUCAUACUAUACUAUGACAUUUUUUUAACAUACUUUACUAUGACAUUUUUUUUCAUAUUAAAAUUUGAAAUUUUAAACAAUACUUUGACAUUUAACAAACUAUAUUUGACUUUUUUUCAUAAUUCAGAUUGAAAUUUUCAUCAUACUUUCCUUUGACAUUUUCUAACAUACUAUACUAUGACUUUUUUUAAGCUGAAAUUUGUAAUUUCUAUUAUGCAGUUCUGGAAAUUGCAACUUACUGUACAUACUAUAUUAUCACUUUUUUUAGACAUACUAUAUUAUGAUUCUAUUCCAUUCUAUGAUAUUUUGAUAUGUGACCUUUUUUAUAGGACCUUUUUUUUCCAAAAUACUAUACUAUGACAUUUUUUAACUAAAUGUAAAAAAAUUAUUUUACUAUAGUAUAAACCUUUUUAACAUACUAUACAAUGACAUUUUUUCAUUUUAAAAUUUGAUAUUUUUAUCAUACUAUACUAUGAAAUUUUUAAACAUACUAUACUAUAACCUUUUUUUUCCAAACACUAUUCUAUGACAUAUUUCAUAAAAAAUUAAAAUUUAAAAAAUACUAUACUAUGACUUUUUUUUUAACAAACUAUGCUAUGACAUUUUUUAUAUUAAAAUUAGAUUUUUUUCAUGCUAUACUAUGACAUAUUUCAACAAACUAUACUAGGACAUUUUAUUCUUUUUUAACUUUAAAAUUUUUAUUAUACUUUAUUAUGACUUUUUUUAAACAUGCUAUAAUAUAACAUUUUUUUUAAUUAAAAUUUGAAAUUUUUGUCAUUCUUUAAUUUGAAACAUUAUUUUCCUACUAAAAUUUGAACUUUCUAUCUUACUAUACUAUGACAUUUUUUAUCAUACUAUACUAUAACUUUUUUAACAUACUAUGCUAUGACAUUUUUCUUAUAUUAAAAUUUGGAUUUUUUUAUCAUUUUAUACUAUGACAUUAUUUAACAUGCUAUACUAUGACAUUUUUUUCAAAUUAAAGUUUGAACUCCCCUUUACUAUGAAAUUUUUAUCUUCCAUACAAUGACCUUUUUUAUUAUCAGAUACUAUGAAAUUUUAUUACCAUACUAUAAUAUUUUUGACAAACUACACUAUGACAUCUUCUGACAAACUAUAGUAUGAUAUUUCUUACAGUUAAAUUUAAUAAUUUUCUCAUACUAUAAUAUGACAUUUUAUUAACAUACUUUACUUUGACAUUUUUUUCAUUUUGAAAUUUUUAUCAUACUAGUGUAUGACAUUUUUAUCAUACAAUACUAUGACAUUUUUUAUAAUCUAUGACAUUUUUUAUAAUCUAUGACUUUUUUUAAAUACUAUACUAGGACAUUUUUUUGUAUUAAAAUUUAUAUCAUACCAGACUAUGACAUUUUUUUAUCAUACUAUACUAUGACUUUUUUUUUCAUACUAAAAUUUGAACCUUCUAUCAUACUGUACUAUGACAUUUUUUACCAUACUAUUCUAUGACAUUUUUUUCAUAUUAAAAUUUUUAUCAUACUAUACUAUGACAUUUUAAUCAUACAUACUAUGAAACUUUUUAACAUACUAUGCCAUAAUAUUUUUUUCAUACCAAAUCCAAAUUUCUAUCAUACUUUACUAUGACAUUUUUUAAGCAUACUAUACUAUGACAUUUUUUCAUACUAAAAUUUGAACCUUCUAUCAUACUAUACUAUAACAUUUUUUACCAUACUAUAAGGAUUUUUCAUAUUAAAAUUUAAAUUUUUCUCAUACUAUUAUUUGACAUUUUUAUCAUACUAUACUUUGACACAUUUUAACAUACUGUACUAUGACAUUUUUUUUGUACCAAAAAUUGAAAUUUCUUUCAUACUAUACUAUGACUUUUUUUUCUAUCAUUCUUAACUAUGAAUUUUUUUUUUACCAUACUAUACUAUGCCUUUUUUUCAUACUAUAAUUUACCUUUUUCACACUAUACUGUGACAUUUUCAUUAUACUAUUCUAUGACAUCUGUUGAAAAUGGUUGGUUUUCCUUUUCACCUUAAAGGAAAUAUUUUGGUCUAAUUUCCAAAAUAAAAUAAAGAAGGUGCUAACUGGUAUAAAGUCUAUGACUCCAAUUCCUUAAUUACCUCUUACCUUUUCCCCUGUGGUUGUUGAUGGAAGGAAGAGAAGACAAGAAUUCAGACAAGUUGAAGCUUUAUUUAUUGUAUACAAUGAGUUAAGAAUGUGAAACAGAGUCUCCGGGUUCUUCACAUGUAGGCUGGUUCCUUGUUCUUCUUCAACUCUCCCAUGGAUGAGUCCAGCUGUUUACCUGUACUAUAAUAUGAGAUUGUUAUCAUACUGUUUUAUGAUUUUUUUUUUUAUCAUACUGUAUUAUGACACUAUUGUAUAACGAAAAAUUACAUUUUCUAUCAUAUUAUACUGCGACAUUUUAUCAUUCUAUACCAUGAUAGUGUUAACACACUAUACUAUGACAUUUUUUCGUAUUAAAAUUUUAAAUUUAUAUUAUACCAGACUAUGACAUUUUUACCAUACUAUUCUAUGACAUUAUUUUCAUAUUAAAAUUUCAAAUUUUUAUCAAACUAUACUAUGAAGCUUUUUUUUCAUACCAAAAUCCAAAUUUCUAUCAUACUAUAUUAUGGCAGUUUUUCAUACUAAAAUUUGAACCUUCUAUCAUACUAUACUAUGACAUUUUUUACCGUACUAUAUUAUGAGAAUUUUUCAUGUUAAGAUUUAAAAAAAUUUUCAUACUAUAAUUUGACAUUUUUAUCAUACCAUACUUUGACACAUUUUAACAUACUGUACUAUGAUUUUUUUUUGUACUAAAAAUUGAAAUUUCUAUCAUACUAUACUAUGACUUUUAAAAAAAAAAAAUACUACACUCUGACAUUUUUUGGUAUUCAAAUUUAAAAUUUAUAUCAUGCCAGACUAUGACUUUUUUUUUUAUCAUGCUAUACUAUGACAAUUUUGUCAUACUAUAUUUUAAACAUUUUAUCAUACUAUAGUAUGACAUUUUUUACCAUACUAUACUUUGACCUUUUUUUCAUUAGAACAUUGAAAAAUUUUCAACAUACGAUAUCAUAACCACUUAUAACAAACAAUGCUUUGUCUUUUUUAACAUAGUACUCUAUGACAUUUUUUAAUACUAUACUAUGAUUUCUUUCAUUUCAAAACUUGAAAUUGUUAUCAUACUACACUAUGACAUUUUUGAACAUGCUAUACAAUGUUUUUUUAAUUAAAAUUUGAAAUGUUCAACUACUGUGCUUCAUUUUUAUUAUACAAUGCCAUGACAUUUUCAUCAUACUACAAUUUGAUCCUUCUAUCAUUUUUAACUACGAAUUUUUAACAUACUAUACUAUGCCUUUUUUCAUACUAUAAUUUACCUUUUUUCACACUAUACUGUGACAUUUUUAUUAUACUAUUCUAUGACAUCUGUUGAAAAUGGUUGGUUUUCCUUUUCACCUUAAAGGAAAUAUUUUGGUCUAAUUUCCAAAAUAAAAUAAAGAAGGUGCUAACUGGUAUAAAGUCUAUGACUCCAAUUCCUUAAUUACCUCUUACCUUUUCCCCUGUGGUUGUUGAUGGAAGGAAGAGAAGACAAGAAUUCAGACAAGUUCUCAGUUGAAGCUUUAUUUAUUGUAUACAAUGAGUUAAGAAUGUGAAACAGAGUCUCCGGGUUCUUCGCAUGUAGGCUGGUUCCUUGUUCUUCAACUCUCCCAUGGAUGAGUCCAGCUGUUUUCCCGUACUAUAAUAUGAGAUGGUUAUCAUACUGUUCUAUGAUUUUUUUUUUAUGCUGUAUUAUGACACUAUUGUAUAAUGAAAAAUAAAAUUUUCUAUCACAUUAUACUGUGACAUUUUAUACCAUGAUAGUUUUAACGCACUAUACUAUGACAUUUUUUUAACAUACUAUACUAUGACAUUUUUAUCUUACUAUACUAUGACACUUUUUAACAUACUAUACUAUGAUAUUUUUGCAUACCAAAACUCUAAAUUUCUAUCAUACUGUACUAUGACAUUUUUUUAACAUACUGUACUAUGAUAUUUUUAUCUUCCACACAGUGCCUUUUUUCAUCGUACCAUACUGUGAAAUUUUUAUGGUACUGUAAUAUCACAUUUUUUAUACUAACAUCUGAAAUUUUUAUCACACUAUACUUAAUUUUUUUAACAAAUGAUACUACGACAUUCUUUUCAUACCAAAAUUUUAAAUCUUAAGUAUCCUAUACUAUGACAUUUCUAUCAUAGUAUAGUAAGACAUUUUUAUCAUACUAUUCUAUGACAUUUGUUUAACAUUCUAUACUAUGAUAUUUUUCUCGUUCCAAAAAUUGAAAUUUCUAUCAUACUAUACUAUGACAUUUUUUAAUAUACUAUACUAUGACAUUUUUUCAUAGUAAAAUUUAAAAUCUUUAUCAUACUUUACUAUGACAUUUUUAUCAUACUAUACUAUGACAUUUUUUAACAUUCUAUACUAUAUUUCUUCUCAUUCCAAAAAUCGAAAUUUCUAUCAUACUAUACUAUGACAUUUUUAAUAUACUAUGCCAUGACAUUUUUUCGUGGUAAAAUGUAAUUUUUUUUUUAUCAUACCAGACUAUGACAUUUUUAUCAUACUAUACUUUGACAUUUAUUUCAUUCUAAAAUUUGAACUUUAUAUCAUACAUUACACAAUGACAUUUUUACCAUACAAUUCUGACAUUUUUUUCAAUAUAAAAUUUGAAUUUUUUAUCGUACUAUACUAUGACAUUUUUAUCAUUCCUUACUAUCAUAUUUUUAUCUUACCAUUGAGUUUUUCAUCUAUUUUUUUUAUCAUACUGUACUAUGACCUUUUACUAUACAAUACUGUGAUCUUCUUAUCAUACUAUACUAUAAUAUUUUUCUCAUACCAUACCAAUCCUAUUUUAAUCAUACAUUACUAUUAUUUUUUUUUCAAUGUUAUUUAUGAUUUUUUAAACAUACUACCUUAUUAUAUAUAUUUUUUCAUUACUACAAUCUGAUAUUUUUCAUGCUUUAAUAUGACAUUUUUAAUGUACUAUACUUUGACAAUUUUAGCAUAGUAUCCUAUAAAUUUCAACAUACUAUACAAUUACAAACUUCGAAAGAUUAACGAAAGUAUUUGGUUCUCAUGUCAUCCAGGAAUAACCAACAAUUGCUCAAAUGAAAUAAUACUAAGCCACCAGGAUGCUGAACUAACCUUGUUUUUGUGUGUUUCUCUCUCCAUAGGGACAUCUGAAGGUGAAAGGAGGAAUGCAGAUAAUAUCAAAGGCCUGAAGAGGAAAAAAAUUGUUGCAGAGAAUCGGCUGCAGAAAAUUCCAAAAUCUCCAGUGAAAAAGCCUCUGCAGUCGAAAACAUCUGAAGCUGAGCCCCUCAGGGCACCACCCGGGGAAACUGCACCUCCUUGUUGUCCUUCUUCCAACAGUCCCGCCCACAAUCCUCCAACAUCACCAAGUGGGAAAGGAGAUCCACAAUAUGUCCAACCAGUUGCAGCAUCCCCUUGCAAGGGGUCAUUUUCCACCAACACUGAAAAGCUGAAGCAGGAAGAAACAUCUUCUGGACUGCCAUCACUUGAUCCCCCUGAUGGUCGGGAGGGCUCUUUAAACGCUGCUAUAGAGUCUCAGCUCAAAGACGGCAAGAGCCCCAGCUUGGAGGGAGAUCCUUACCACAGCAGUGCUCCACUUGAUGUUCUACUUAAGGCCAUGGAGCCUGACUUCAGUACGCUGGCUGAGAGGAAAAACUCCUUGCAUGCCAUUGGAAAACCAGCCUCCACCCUUGAUGCUCAAUCUAGUGGUGAAUUAACAACAAUGCCAGCUGUUAAUGUUGGUCUCCGGACCCAACCACCCCAUAUGCAGACUUAUUACAUUGACAAACAAGGCAACGUUAUUGGCAUUGCUGCACCACUACAAGGAAAUGUGCAGACGUCUACACAGGGUACCCCCAUGCAGUCCUCUCAGCUUGCUUCACCUCAUUUUAUGCCUGUUGCGUCAAAUUCUGAAAAACCUAGCUUACACAUGAGCUUUGCUACUGGACCAUCCACCAUAACUCAUGCACCUGUUCCUUCAGGCCCCAAUGCCUUGCCACAAAGCCAACCACCAGUUGUGCACACAUGCCAGUCGCUCUCAGCAAGUGUUCCAAGUACCAUUCAGGUCCCAGUUACACCGGGCAGCAACCAAGUCCAAAUGACUACAGUAAUGAACUUUGGCGCUGAACAGGUUUACAAAGACCAAAAGCCUAAGAAGCCAGGAAAGUAUGUUUGUGAAUAUUGCAGCCGAGCAUGUGCAAAACCCAGUGUGCUGCUUAAACACAUAAGGUCUCACACAGGAGAAAGACCAUACCCCUGUGUUACCUGUGGCUUUUCUUUCAAAACAAAGAGUAACUUGUACAAGCACAAGAAAUCACAUGCUCAUGCUAUAAAACUUGGUUUAAUUGCACGAUCUGAAUCUGGAGGUGGAUCGCUAUCUCAAGAAUCUGACAAAGCUCUUGGUACACAUUCAGAGGCAGAGGAGAGUGGGGAGAGUGAUGAGGAAAGUAGCACAGCAGAUUUGGACCCUGACUCAUCACAGAGCAGUGUGGCAGCUUUGUCUGAAAAUAGUUUACAGAGCGCAGGUACAGCCCAAGUAAGCCAUGGGGAAACUGACUCAUUGGCUGUGUUUGAGUCAAACAAACUCACCCCUGGUCAGAGAGCUCAUGAGCCCAAAGUGACAGCUGCACUACCAAAAGUUGUUGUGUACCCUGUUAAUGUCUCACCUAUGAGGGCAGAUAGUCCAAGAGUUACAGGUACAGCACCUGAGCAAGCCGCUGCACAACGUCAAAGAGAGUUUCAGACUGCGAACUUGAGAUCCAGCAUCACAGUCCUGUCAUCUCUCAAAGAAGUGGAUGGUACAAAUGCCUCCCUAGAUACUGUGAGUGAGGACGAAGACCCACAGUGCAAGUCUCCAAUGUUAGGUGGACAUGCUCAGCUUCAGAGGCAACAAGCGACAGACUUCUCCCAGCAGCAACAGAUGAAGUGUCUGCUUAGUCCCCGAAGUUUAGGAAGCACAGAUUCCGGAUACUUCUCGCGAUCUGAAAGCGCUGACCAGGCAAUGAGUCCACCCAGUCCAUUUGUUAAGAUAACCCCUCCCAUAGAUAUUGACAUUGCCAAAAACAAUCCUCCUAACAUCCCUCCUAUGGUUGGAACAGUAAUGCACGUAGUAGCUGAGCAAAAGACCAGGGCCACAGAGGGGCAGAUGCGUCCACCAUUAGAAGCCAAAGCACUCUCUUUGGAAGAACGGAUUUCAAAGUUGAUAUCUGAUAAUGAGGCAGUGGUUGAUAAUAAGCAGCUGGACAGUGUGAAGCCAAGGAGGACUUCGCUGUCAAGGAGAGGGAGCAUAGAUUCCCCCAAGUCAUAUAUAUUCAAAGACUCUUUUCAGUUUGAUCUAAAACCAAUUGGAAGAAGGUCAAGUUCCAGCUCGGACAUCCCUAAGUCUCCAUUCACUCCCACAGAUAAAUCAAAGCCAGUAUUUCUUCUUUCUGUACCUUCCCAAUAUCCACCGAUGGAAUGUCUGCCAAUCACACGGAGUAAUUCAAUGCCUACCACGCCAGGACACUCAGCUCUUCCUCUCAAUGUCCCUCCACUUCCCCAUCCUUUGCGAAUUUGUCAGUCAUUUGAUGAAAAAAUUAGUUCAUUGAAUGACGAUGUAUUUUCAUCAGCGCCGUCAACCCCCAAUCCAGCAAUACAUUCCCGUACCUUAGUCAGACAAGCUGCAGUGGAGGACUCUUCUGCGAAUGAGGGCCACAGCCUUCAUACUGUUCGCUCCAUGGAUGAGGGCUAUCAUGGUCCGAGCAGUUCCACAGAGCAGAUGCAAAGAAGUAGAUCCUUUGAACACAGUCAGGACAGAAACCGAAAGCCACAACAGAAUAAAGGUACGAUGUAUGAGUGUGAAACAUGUCGUAACCGGUACAGAAAGUUGGAAAAUUUUGAAACUCACAAGAAAUUCUAUUGCUCCGAGCUUCAUGGUCCAAAAAACAAACCAGUCAACGUAAAAGAAACUGAUCAAGAUGUUUUUCACGUCAACAUACUGCAGCCCAUGGUUCCUCGAUCAACAAGUGGCCCGGGAACUUUUGAUCAGCAGACAUCAAUUAGAAAAAGAAGGAAAAUGAAAAGUGUUGGAGAUGAGGAUGACCAAUCUCCUACUGACACCAUUCCACCUUGCUCUGUAAGCUUUGAGCUACCAUCUGUACUUGCAAGUCAGACUUUCUCUCAGCAUAAUGUAAUAGUGGACAUACAGCCUAAAAACAACCAGUCAAAGCUACCUCAGAUUCAACUUGUAGCAAGAGGUCUUAAUACUUCAGAUUCCAGAUUGUCACCAAUACGAGAGACCCAGAUAAGCACUUCUACGAAGGGAGAACUGCAAAGGCAAGGCAGUGGCACUUCAGUCAUUAGACACACCAACUCUCUCAGCAGACCCAACUCAUUUGAGACAGAAUCGAUUGACAGGGCCUCUCCUGUUGAUGGUAUGGAGAAGGAUCCCCUCAACAAGCUCAAAAGCGAUGCAAAAGCAAAUGUCACCACUGACAGCUUUCAUGAAAAUAUAGCCAAACCCAAGAGUGCUGAAUAUGAAAAACAAAAAAAGGAACAAUGCUCUGAUGGAACAGUAGCAGCUGUCGGUGAAAACUCUACUCCUGUCCAUCAUUCUCGCCUGGUUCGUCAAAAUAACAUCCAAGUCCCAGAGAUUCUGGUCACAGAGGAGCCUGACAGAGAACACGAAACACAGACCUCAGAGCCAGUAGACAAGCCCACAGAUCAGUUCAACUGGCCUCAGAGGAGUGAGAGCUUAUCAAAGUUACCUGCAGAGAAACUUCCGCCCAAAAAGAAAAGAAUUCGCCUGGCUCAAAUGGACCACUCCUCUGGUGAAUCUAGUUUUGAGUCCAGCCUCUCAAGAAGCCUAAGCAGGGACAGUAGUCUCUCUCGGUGUUCAAGUGUCUCGGCAUCUUUUGAUAGAGAAGAACCGUCUAGAGCAGAGAGUCCUUCCAGAGGGGAGUGUGUCAAUAAAGUUCAAGAGCCUCAAUGUUUGCCAACGGCUUUCAACACACUUGGUGUUCCUGGAAUUAUGAGGCGUGCUGCAUCUGAGCAGAUCACCUGCACUCAACCAUCUGUUGAGAUUUCUUGUGACUAUCGUAGCAAGUCCUUUGACUGUGGCAAUGUGUCUCCAAGCAGAUCUUUGUCACCUGUUGGCCAUCCAAAAGGUGGACAAGCUGCCCAGGUACCGCUUAUUGAAAGGAGGCGGGGGCCAUUAGUUCGACAAAUGUCUUUAAAGAUCGGCCCAGAAAGUCAGCAACCUGUUCGGAAAGCUGUCAUACCUUUAGAUAAACCUUCCAUUGCAAAUGUUAGCUCUUUAACUCAAAGUAGAUGUCAGCAGAUUCACAUUGCCAACAGGCAAACCAUGGCUCAGCCUUUUAUUCUACAAACUGGAGACCCACCUUUGCAAAAGAAUGAGCAAAUUGUGCAAAGCAUUCAUUUAGGUAGCCCAACUCAGCAGCCCCAAGUCCAUGGCCUUCCACACCCUUGGCAUCAAACUUCAAGGGUUCAAAUAUGCCAAAAGGUACAACAACCGCUUAAUCAGAUCUUAGUUUGUCGCCAGAAUAUCCAAAACAAACCAGCUGACUCUGAGGAAAAGCAAAGUUUUGUGCCCAAAUACCAGCUAACAUCUCCCGCUCUGAGAGCAAGCCAAACAUUUACAUUUGCCAACACACAGGCAACUCAGAUUGCCCUGCCAGUUUUGACGAUACCUAUUGCCAACCCAGUUUUGAGUAUUUCGAAGUCUUCAGAUGUUCUGAAAAACGUCUAUGUUGCUCAACAAAAUCAACAAGCCUCUGACAUUAAGACACAUGCUGUUGUUGUGUCAGGUGAUCAGCAAAGGGACCUAUUUGAUCAGACACAAGCUGGUGCUAUACCAUUGCCACAAAUCCUCAUCACUCAUGAUCAAAUUCACCCUGCUCCCUCUGCAUCCAGUAAAGACAACCUUCCAUCCACUCACAGUGUAGAUAGCGAUACUCGAGCUGUACCCACCCCAAAGAUGGAUAGAACUCCAAAAGUCAGCACUCAUACCAGUUCAGAGGAGCGAGCGCCCUCUCUCGGGUCACUACAUUGCACACAGAAACUGGCCUCAGUAACUCUAUGCCCACAGCAGGAGCCCACGGCCUCAAGUAAAAGAAUGCUGUCACCUGCCAACAGUCUGGACAUCUACAUGGAAAAGCACCAAAAGCGAGCCAAAGAUGAGCAUGGUGUGGCUUGUUUAACUGAUGGGAGAUCUGUGAAUUAUCUUAACACCAAGAUGUCAGAGGUCACCCGACAAAGGAAGCUAACACUAGUCAGGCAGGUGUGCACAACUGAGCCGGUUGACAGUCCAAUAGAAACUGAAGCCCCACCACUGCCGCAGGUUAAAACUGAUGGAGAGAAUGAGCGAGAGGAUACUGAUGAUGUUAAACCUAUGUCACCUGACAGUACUGGACUGGAGAAAAACACAAGCACUGUAAUUCAUGAGGAAAUAAGACUUGCCCCUAAAACUACACCGUGUAGCCAGGCCACCGCUAUGCCAGCUGGUAGUUCUCUGAAACCACAAGAAAAAGUUGAGGAACAGAGAUGGUCCCCUGCCAAAUCUCCUAUCAGGCCCUCAAGUUUCCAUAGUGGUCAGGUGAAACUGACAACAUCUGUGUCUGUGGUGAACACAAAGGACAGUCAUCGCCUCUCUUUCCCAAGCCUGAAAACUGCCACCACUUUCACAUGGUGUUUCUUAAUGAAGAGGAAACCUAUUCAUGUUCAACAGAAUGACCUGAAGACUUCAGCGUAUGCCGCUUGGGCAGUUAGCCCCAACAACCCCAACCCACUUGGAUUGCCCACUAAGGUGGUCAUGUCUCUUUUUGACUCCAAACAGAGCUCUAAGAAAAUACACUACACAUCGGCCAUAAAGACAAGCGAGAAGUCGGAUAUCUUGUCCUAUUCGGGGAAGCUUAAAGAUGUGAUGCCAAGGGUAAGCACUUUGUUUAGUUUUGAAGUUUCUUUAAAAAUCUAGAUUUCUUAAUUCAAUUCAGUAAGGGCCUGUGUCCACUAAUGGUGUUUUUUGUGCUGUUUCUCACUGGUGCUAACUCUUAAAUGUUUACAAAUAUUGUGUCAGAGCACUUCUGCUUUCCUCAGAAGGGUUUCUAACUGCUCUGUUUGCUCAAUAUUUUCUUUUCUUGUUGAACAUUUCACAAAGCAAAUGGAAAUGAAACAUCUCUCUGCAUGGUACCUUUGAGAAAAACAAAUCGGGGUGUGUGAAACAAACUGCACGUAGUUUCAUCACCCCGUGGUUUAAAAAAACAAACAGACUGAUUCUUGAAGUUCUGCCUGUAAUUGAUUUAAGAUCAGGCACAGUUCUGUUUCAAAAGUUCAAACUAUUUUCAACCGAAAGCCUUCAGAGUGCAGCAACAAGAAACAGCUACAGUAAGGGUAUUUUUGCAUUUAGGCCAUUGAGCGCUGAAAACACUGACUUGCAUUGGUUUUGUAAAGAAAUUAGGGGCUUUCUGCACAAAAAAUGCUGUCAGGAAACACUGGCCUGAAGUAAUCUUCAUUCAUUCAUUCAUUACUUUUUUUUCCCAACAGGUGCCAAUAUCUCAGAAGUCUGUGUCAGUUGAAACCAGAAACAAAGUGCCACCAGAAACUCAGGCCAGCAUCGAGUCAGAUUUGGUAUCGAAAACCGAACCAAGACGGGUCAAAAUAUUCGAUGGCGGGUACGAUUCAAAGUUAUUUCUUCUUUCAUUUUUUCCAAUCUUGUUUUUAAUUUGUUUAUUACGUGUUUGCCCCCCUUUGUAUUAUGCAUCCCUCAUGGCUUUCUCUGCAAACCCACAGAUAUAAAUCUAAUGAGGAGUAUGUUUAUGUUCGUGGACGUGGACGUGGUAAAUACAUCUGUGAGGAAUGUGGGAUCCGCUGCAAGAAACCCAGCAUGCUGCGCAAACACAUCAGGACCCACUCAGAUGUCCGGCCGUACCACUGUGUCCACUGUAACUUCUCCUUCAAGACAAAAGGUCAGUAUAUCAACACUGUUUGGAAGUACAGUUUUAUCAAUACUGCAUUAAUAGUUUAAUAAAACAGAUGUUAGUUAUCCAAAAAACUCUCUUUAGUCUACUGUAAAUUGCUCUACGUGGCUAAAUACAUAUGUACUCACAUACUUUAUGUAGCUUUAGUUAAAGUAACUCUUUAAAAAAUAAACCUACACAAGCUGAUUGUAAAUGCAGCUGAACACAACAUGUACAUUACAAACUGUACUGUUCCAAGCAGCCUGGGAUUACUGCAGUACCCUUCUCCGUUCCUUGAGCGCUAUGAAAUUAAAGAUGUUUUUUUUUUUUCCACCAUGUCUUAAACCAAGACAGUAUGAUUCACCAUUCUUUAUCGAACUCGCCUACCCACACCACACUGCAGAACAGUACUUGGUGUCAGAGCAACCCACGUUCAUUUAAAAAUGUCUUCAUCAGUUACUCACCCUUUACGUACAGCUUGCCCAAAGACCGCAUUGUCUUACAUAAACUCCUGCGCUAUUGUUCAAAAGUCUACCCACCUAAAAGACCUUUUUUUGCGUUUCUCCUAACAGGGAAUCUGACAAAGCACAUGAAAUCGAAGGCUCACAGUAAGAAAUGCAUGGAGAUGGGAGUUCCUGAAGGUCUCAUUGAGGAUCAGGAUGCGGAAGACUCAGGUACAGUGCUUCACUGAGCAGCUUUAACGGAGGAAUCUUUGUGUGCAGUGAAGUCAGAGCUUAUCAAACUGAAUAAAUGUUUUCUGUGGAAAUUCAGAGGUCUGUUGACAGUACUCUGUUUUAAGCGCAGUAGUGCCUUGACAAAUAUAGGUCUUGUUUAACUCAUUUGCUUUGGUUUUAAACAAGAUUGCAAAUCUUUAAAUAGUUCUGUUAGUGGCCUGAGAUAUAAGACCCCGUUUGUUCCAGCUUGGGCUCUGUUGCUAUGUCGAUCAAUAGCUUUGCCACGGUCUAAUUAGAAAUUCUAAAUGCAGCUUCUUCCUCUGUUAACUCAAAGCUGAGUGGGCGGCAUGCACAGCGUUUAGAAAGAGGAAAUUGCUGCAUCUAAUUUUAGAAAAAAAAAAAAAAAAAAAGAGAGCGAAGCUGCCUGAAAGCAUUCUUUGGUCCCAGUCUCGAACAGCAUAUUUGUUUUACCUCCUCUGCUUGUGAUGGAGCUCAGGGGUGUACGGUGGCGUGGGGUGUGAAACGAUGCAGCAGCAACAAAGAACGUCACUGAAUUGCAUCCUUGGCUGUGAAUUCUCUCACUGUGGGAUAACAGAGGAUAUUUAAUGAAUGAAUGUUCCGUACUACCAAAGGGAGAAUCUAUUUUUAUUUCAGCUCGGAUGACUCAUAUGUUCCAGGGGUUACUAGAAAUAGAAAUAGACCUGCCUCUUACAUUUCUCUCUUCAACAGGAGACCGCAGUCAGGUGAGCAGUGCUGACCGUCAAGAUUCAGAUGGAGAUGACUCCGAUGGCCCUGACGAUGAGGAGAACGAUGACAACGAGGAGGAGGAAGAGGACAGCCAGGCAGAGUCCGGCCUGUCGACGAACCCUUCAGUCUCUGCCAGCCCGCAGCAUAUCCCUUGCAAGGAGGCCGAAGUCCCUCCCAGUGCCCUCCUAGCCCAGAUGUCUAUCAGCUCAGUCUCCCUAUCUCACUCCCAGCCUCCAGUUCCUGAAUCCCACACAUCAGAGUCAGAGUCCGUUCCCAUGAUGAGCCCCGUGUCCCUGAGCAAGCAGAUAUCCAUCUCUGCAUCUUGUUACAGCCAAAUGCCCCUCCCUUACUCUCCUCCACCUGUUGCCGCUACAUCCGAGUCCUACACCUCAGACUCAGAGUCAGUGCACAUGAUGAGCCCAGUGUCACCUUGCAGGCAGAUGUCCAUCGACUACCCUGACUUUGAUGUCCCCUCUAGUCCCCCAGUGCCAAGCAAGGGCUCCAAGCUAGGCCAGGUGAGACCCGUGUAUUCUCAUUGUGUCGCUAUUCACUCCUCCCUGCCUGCCUCCCUUCUUUCCUGUCCAUAUCCAUACAUAGAAUCCUGCAUGCGAGGCACAUCCACAAAGCUCCUGUGAAUGCUUUACAAAAAGGUGAAUGCUUCUGAAUUGAGCUAGCUGGAUUAUUAAAAAAACAAAACAUUUUAUCUAAAGCUCAUCACAUCUUCAAGAAUUAUCUUACAUUUAGGUCAAGGAAUGACACUGAAGAGUUUGUUUCUGUCUUUUCGCAGGACAUCUCCUCUUCUCCGCCUGCUGUGACUGCCAGUGAAACAGGAGUACCAGUAGACCGGGGGACUCAGACCUCCUCUUUUGCCUCUCAAGGUCCCCUGCACUUCCCCCCACAAGGUCUUUCCCAAACACAAGGAGCGCAGACCCACCUGUUCAGUCACCUGCCCUUGCACUCCCAGCAGCCUUCUCGCUCUUCUUACAGCAUGGUCCCAGUCGGGGGGAUCCAGCUGGUGCCCGCUGGCCUGGCAGCUUACUCCACCUUUGUACCAAUACAAGCCGGCCCCGUCCAACUCACCAUCCCGGCAGUGAGUGUCAUCCACAGAAACACAAGCCCCUUACCGGCUCCCAACAUGUCACCCCAACCAGAGGGAUUGCAAACCCAGCCCCUCGUGGUCCAAGAACCUCUCAGUAGUAUGGUACCCUGCUUUCCUUUAGGGCAGGUCACUGGCCUGCAGGCUCAAACAAUACAACCAGUAGGUUUGGAGACACUUAACCUCAUGGGGCUUACCAACACAGGCCUUGCAUCCACGCAGCUGCUCCCUCAGCAAGGGUUAACCCUCAACGCCACCCUUGGGCUUCAGGUUCUGGCUGCCAAUCCAACUUCGCAAAGCAGCACCGGCCCUCAGACGCAUGUCCCGGGUCUGCAGAUACUAAACAUCGCUCUGCCUGCCAUCAUUCCUUCUCUCAGCCCUCUCUCCACUUUGAGUCCUCUCCCCGGGUCCUCGGAGCGGCAGGGUAGCCCUGAAGCUGCAGGAGCACAGCCAUCCCAAAGCGAACAAGGGCUCGGUUCUUCACAGAGCUGCACGCCUGCCUCACCACCCACCCCUUCAAAGGUCAGCAGCUCACCGGAACCAACCUCAGGCAGCAGGGCGUGCGCGGCAGGUAACGGCGGAGCACAGUUCACACAGACUGCAGAAAGAGAAAGGGGUAAAUCCCCUCUGAAACAUCCAUCACCAGCUCCUGAGAGCCAAGAAGUUGCUGCUAAGGAGUCACCAGUGGAAGCAGCUCUUGAUCCUCCACAUCAGCGACCACAGCCGAUGACCAGCUGGCAGAAAGUUAACGAUGACUAUAACGAGGUGUCCAGUGAUGAUGAAGACAGACUGGUCAUUGCCACCUGAAAACCCCCAUGUGGAAAGUUUUUCUUGUUCUCUUUUUGUAAUUCUCGUCACUUUGUAAGACUGAAAAAACUUUUCAGGGGUUUGUGUCUUUACAAAUCACCUUUCAAAGCACAGAUGCUGACAUAUUGUACGUGCAAUCAUAUGACGAUUAUAACGAUGACCAAUUAUUUUAUUUUUACCUUUAUUGUCAGCUCCAGACAAUUUCUUUUCCUUUUUUUUUGUACAUGUUGUAUAGACGAUUGUGCCUUUAUGAAGUUUCUUGUUUAGGAACCUGUACAUAUUUCCUUCAAAGUUCAGUAGUUGCUUGUGUUUAUUUCAAAAAAGAGAAGUAAAAAGAGGCCUAACAAUGGAGGAUAUCAACCUUAUUUUGGAUUUGUCAUUCGUAAAUUUAUGGAAUUAUAAAUGUUGUACUGGUAUAUGUACAUUUCUAUGGAUUAUGGGGCAAUGUUUCUGUGUACAGAUGUUGUGUUCAACUAUUUAUUAUAAUCCAUCUAGUGCCCAUUCUGAUUCAUAAGUCCAUAGGUAUGUGCAUUAUGGUAGCUUUACAUUGCUGUAUCAAUAUUCUUAACUGUAUCAGUAAAAAUUUGUUUACAAACGUAA